AAAUGGCCGAGGCAAGCAGUAACGGGGAGGAAAAUGAAGGUAGGUGAAGGAGUUUAAUGAUCUUAAAGGGAUAUUCCAGUCUCCUAAAGUAAUAUCUUACAUAAAUCUUUAACAUCUUUUAUAAUUCCCUUUAGUAACAACUUCCAGAUUUUAACCAGACACAGAGGAGGGUUUCCUACCUCUCUCACUUUAUACUGUAUUUAUGUCUCAUUGCCUCUUUAUGAAAUGAUGUUUACUUGGUGAAGGAACAUGAAACUGUCAAGAAACUCUUUAAAUAUGUUAAUAACAAUAACUUGUUUAUUCACCUUGUAUCUAGCCAUGAAAAAUAUGUUACAUAUUCACCAUCUCAAAUAGGCCUCGAUUUAAUAUAUUUUUUUAAGCUUUUUAAUUAAUUUUAAUGUUUUUGGAUAAUCUUUAAAAAUGAUUUAUUAUUUAGAAACAUAUUUUAAUAUUGUUAUUUUUUGUUGUUAAUAUAUUGGUGUAUUUGUAUAGUUGAUAUAAUUUUCAAAUAUUCUCCAAAAAUAAUUGAUCAUUUGAAAAGCUUAUUCAAAAAUAUUAAAUCAAGGCCAUAAUUUAGCAAUGUAUACAUCGGUAGUACCUAGGCUUAACAAUAGCAAUAUGGCGCUGAAAUGUUUUCAGGGCCACUUGCUUGGAUGUUGUUGGCUGAAUAUAUAUUUUUACUGAAGAUUUGGAGUGUGGAUUGCAUCUCCCCCUCUAUAACGACAGACUUUUAAUGUCGACAUCAUCGAAACGAAUCAUGCAGCACAAGCACAGCUCUGCCUUUGAACUGCAAGGCAUUGCUGUUGCCAUGAAUUUGAUGCAGUGUGCCAGCUCAGCAAAUGAGUGAUCCAGAUUUAAUUCGUUUUUUCCAUCAUUUAUUUAGGGUUAUUAGGUAGGAGGCAUAUUUAUUUUCCCACUAUUAAACCGUACUGAUUUAUUUUCCAAAUAUUAGACAGUAUUUUUUAAUAAGUGCUGAUAAUGAAUGCAGUUUGUGCUCAGUAAAAUGAAUGCAUAAUUUGCUGGUUCGUUAAUGCAACAUUUUUUGAGGGGGAGGGGAUUCCUGAACCAUUGUUAUUCUAUAAGGAGUAACAUGCUUUUUCUAUUUGCUAUUCUGUGUGCAGUUUGCCUGAAGCAAGUCGCAGAAGAAGAGUCUUCCAACCGAGAUUCAAGCCUUAUAAACAGUACGGUGCAGAGCAAGCUAGUGUCUUCCUUUCAGCAACACACCAAAAAGGCACUUAAACAGGUAGGAUUGACUUGGAACACUUGUGAAUUUUGUUAAAUUGGGUCUGUUUGGUUUUUUGUUUCGUGUGUUUUUUUGUUUUUUUUUUCCUUUAUCACACCCUGAUAGUAUUAUGUUGAACAUGAAAUAGUCAACAUUUGUAAUCUUUCAGUCAUUUGAUCUUUUUUAAGCCGUAUUUGCCAAACAGAUUGGUUGUGAACAUAUAAAUACAAGCACAGGACAAUUGACGUUAGAUACAGCAAAUCAUGGGCAAGAGGUGGUUCACUUAGUCAACGCAUUUAGAUAGCUUUGGUAAUCACUUUCUAAAAUCUUUUUACACAAGUAAAUGCGUUUCUGAUUUUUCUAUGUCUGUGAUGGUGAAUGGUAAGCUCCAUCUGAAUCACUGACAUUAGCCUUUGUCGGGAGUACUAUAUAUCACUCUCCUGAGCAGUAGGCAUAAAAGAGGGUUAGAUACAUUUGUAUUUGCUAUGUUCAUAUGUGGGUCAAUGUCUCAGCUUGUGGUAUAUCCAAAGACUAUGAGCCAGUGGACACCAUUAGAACCACUUUAAUUUCAGAAAUGUUUUACAUUAUUUAAAAUCCUUUUCGGGUUCUUGUCAAACAGAAGUUUGGUAAAAUAAAGUUGUAGAUGGAAAUACAUAUUUCCAAUGAUUGUUGCUUAUAAGAAUUGUGAUAUAUAUUAUUGUAUGUAUUUGUUGUUUGUUAAAGAUAUACUCUAAGCACCUAAACAACUUUAGCUAAAAGCAACACUAUAAGGUCAGGAACACAAACAUGUAUUCCUGACCCUAUUGUGUUCUAACCACCAUCUAGCCCCCCAUGCCUCCCUAAAUAUAGUAAAACCUUACUUGUAUUCAAGUCUGUAGGUGCUGGCGUUGCCCCUGUCUGCCUCUGACCUGCUCCUAUUUGUCUCUGACCUGCCCCUGUCUGUUGACAGCAGACGUGGUGGUCUGAGCCAAUCACAAUGCUUCCCCAUAGGAUUGGCUGAGACUGUCAAGGAGGCAGAUCAGGGGCAGAGCCAGCACAAGUCAAACACAGCUCUGGCCAAUCAGCAUCUCCUCAUAGAGAUGAAUUGAAUCAAUGCAUCUGUAUGAGUAAAGUUCAGUGUCUGCAUACAGAGGGUGGAGACACUGAAUGGAAGUGCUGCUUACUCUACAGCACUGCCCAAAGAAGCAGCGUUAGCAGCCAUCUAACGAGUGGCCAUUGAAGUUAUCACUAGGUUGUAAUGUAAACACUGCAUUUUCUCUGAAAAGACCGUGCUUACAGCAAAAAGCCUGAAGGAAAUGAUUCUACUCACCAGAACAAGCUAUAGUUGUUCUGGUGACUAUAGGUCCCUUUAACAGAAGAUGAUCAAAUAAAGAAGAGAUUGCAGAAAUACACUGAAGAUCUAUACAUUUAGGAGGAGAUAAAUGUUUUGUUUCUCUUGAUGCAUCCCUAGUCAUGCAUCUCCUGUGACUCACACAGCCAAAAAAAAAUAGUUUAAAGGACCACUAUAGUGCCAGGAAAACAAACUUGUUUUCCUCGCACUAUAGUAUUAAUAGGUCCCUCCCACCCUUAUGGCCCCCCUCCCACCGGUUUCUAGGGAGAGGAAGGGGUUAAAGGCUUACCAUUCUCCAGCGCUGGGCUCCCUCUGCGCUGGGGACUCUCCUCCCUCUUCCGCCGAAUGUGCUUUCCGAUGGACGCUGGCGUCGUCUCACUGUGAUUUUCAUACUGAGAAGCGCGGACGUGCCUCUAGUGGCUGUCAAUGAGAUAGCCACUAGAGGCUGGAUUAACCCAUAUGUAAACAUAGCAUGUUUACAUAUGGGUUAUGUAAACAUGCUAUGUUUACAGCAGACAGGGUUAACCCUAGAGGGACCUGGCACCCAGUCCACUUCAUUGAGCUGAAGUGGUCUGGGUGCCUAUAGUGGUCCUUUAAUUUUUAAUCAGAUCUAACAGCAGUUUGUUUACUUUAGAAGUUUUUAUCUCAUGUUCUGUGAAUUGAACAUACAGGAGGCUCCUGCAAGGUCUAGAAGAGUAUUAACAGUAUGAGAUAAGGCAUUCUAAAUUAGACAUACUAUGCAAUAAAGUAAUUUAAAACAUUAGAUCUCUCUUUACAGAAAAUGUAUUGGGAGAAUUUGUAUGUUACAUGCAGGGGAGAUCUGACUAGGGCUGCAUAAACAAAGUGAGUUAACUCCUAAAUGGCAGAGAAUUGAGCAGUGAGACAGCAGGGCAUGAUCUAUUCACCAAAACUACUCCAUUAAGGUAAAGUUGAUUUGGUGCUUAUAGUGUCCCUUCAAUUUAUUUUGUUCUUUUAGUUGAUUGAGUUAUCCUAGACUAUUCAUUGAGCACUUUUCUUCCUGGCUUCCCCACUUCCUCUCAUCUAGCACUCCUUCCCUUAUACUUGGGGAUUUCAAUAUCCUAAUCAAUAACCCCAAUUGACCUGAUGCCUCUUGUCUGCUCUCUGUAACCUUCUCCUUUGGCCUUACGCAAUGGUCCAAUUUAGCAACCCAUACAGCAGGAAACACUCUUGAUCUUGCCUUCACCAACCUCUGUACUGCCUCUAAUCUCUCCAAUUUUCCCUUUCCUCUAUCUGACCACCAUCUGCUGACUUUUGACAUUGGCAUACCUAAGACCCAAUUGACACCACCGUCUGAACAUCACUCUCACAGAAACCUCCAAUGUCUUGACCUAGAGCAUUUCUCCACUAAUCUCCAAACUCUCCUUUUACCUAUCUCAAACCUCACCUGUCCUAGUUCUGUAACCUCCUUCUACAAUUCCACCCUCUCCUCUCAACUAGACAUCAUGGCACCUUGUACAUUAAACGCCCCCCCAACAACAACCCUGGCACACCAAGCUCAUUCGAUACCUCCAAAAAUGCUCCAGAACUGCUGAACGCUGUUGGAGAAAGUCUCACUGUGCAUCUGACUUUCUCCACUAUAAAUUUAUGCUGAGCUCAUACAGUUUGGCUCUUUCCUCUGCAAAAGUGAAUUACUUCAAUACCCUCAUAACCACACUCUCCUGCGAACCCAAAUGACUAUUUCACACAUUUAACUCUCUUCUUCGCCCUGCUGUUCCUCCUCCACCUACUAACUUGACCGCCUCAGACUUUGCAACUCACUUCACUGACAAGAUCUCUACAAUCAGAGAAGAGAUCUCUCAUCUUUCUUCUUCCCCUUACAAUACUUCCCCUAACUUCACUCCCUCUGCUGUUCUAUGUUCAUUCGCACCCGCUACAUUGGAAGAGGUUUCUGCUCUGCUCCAGUCCUCCCGCCCCACCACCUGCUCCCUAGAUCCAAUUCCCUCGCAUCUCAUCCGUACUUCUUCUUCUCUUUCUCCACCUCUCACUAAAAAUCUCAAUCUCUCUCUCUCCUCUGGUAUAUUUCCAUUGCCCUUCAAACAUGCAACUGUAACCCCAAUUUUAAAGAAGCCCAAUCUUGACCCUAAUUUCCCAUCCAACUAUCGUCCUAUCUCGCUACUGCCUUUUGCAUCCAAGAUCCUUGAAAGAAUUGUGUAUGCGAGAUUGACAGACUUCCUCGAGUCCAGCUCUCUGCUAGACCUGCUUCAGUCUGGUUUCCGCGCUAAGCACUCUGUGGAAACGGCACUGACCAAAGUAUCCAAUGAUCAACUCGCUGCAAAAUCUCGUGGUCACUACUCUAUCCUAAUUCUCCUUGACCUGUCUGCGGCUUUUGACACUGUUGAUCAUCAACAGCUUCUUCUCAUCCUCUGCAAUAUCGGUCUACAAGAUAUUGCUCUCUCCUGGUGCUCCUCCUACCUCUCCCAGCAAUCUUUCAGUGUUUCUUUCUCUGGCUCUGCUUCUUCUCCCCAUCUCCUCUCUGUUGGUGUCCCCCAAGGUUCAGUCCUUGGUCCCCUACUGUUCUCCAUCUAUACUGCCUCCCUUGGUAAACUUAUUAGCUCCUUUGGCUUCCAAUAUCAUUUCCAUGCGGAUGACGCAAAUCUACCUGUCCUCUCCUGAUCUCUCCCCGUCCCUCUUGACUAGUGUCUCUGACUUCCUCUCUGCUGUUUUUAACUGGAUGGCUGCCCACUUCCUUAAACUAAACUUGACCAAAACUGAAAUUCUGGUCUUUCCCCCUCAAGUGUUGUUACUCUUGUGUCUGUCUCCCUCCAAGUCAACGGUGCUACCAUCAGCUCCACCACGCAGGCUCGCUGCCUAGGUGUUCUCUUUGACUCCGACUUCUCCUUCAAGCCUCAUGUUCAAUCUAUCGCCAAAUCCUGUCAUUUCCAUCUCAAAAACAUUGCGCGCAUCCACCCCUAAUUAACGCUAGAUGCGACUAAGGUGUUGGUCAAUUCCACUGUCCUUUUUCACCUUGACUACUGUAAUCCGCUUCUCAGUGGUCUUACGUGCUCCCAACUUGCGCCAUUACAGUCCAUAAUGAAUGCGGCGGCGAGGCUCAUCUUCCUGUCCGCCCGCACCUCCCAUGCCUCACCCUUCUGUCAGUCCCUACAUUGGCUUCCAAUAAAAUAUAGAGCUCAAUUUAAAAUUUUGGUUCUUGCUUUCAAAUCUCUACAUAAUGCUGCUCCCACCUAUCUAUCCUCCCUUACACUCAAGUAUGUCCCGUCUAGGCCCUUACGAUCUACUGAAGACUAACGUCUAUCUUCUGUUUGUACUCCCACCUCUGAUGCUCGCCUUCAAGAUUUCUCAAGGGCUGCACCGUUCCUGUGGAACUCGCUUCCCUCCUCUGUUAGAUGCUCAACCAGUCUCCACUCCUUCAAAAAAUCGUUAAAAACCCACUUCUUCAUAAAAGCGUAUCAAUUAAACUGUUACUAGCUCCUGACUGAUUUCUCUUCUGCAAAUGUCACUAGUCUAAUACUAUCCUUCCCUUUUUGUGUCAUUUUACCCCACUCCCUUUAGCGUGUAAGCUCAUGAGCAGGGCCCUCAACCCCUCUGUUCCUGUGUGUCCAACUUGUCUGGUUACAACUACAUGUCUGUUCGUCCACCCAUUGUAAAGUGCUGCGGAAUUUGACGGCGCUCUAUAAAUAUCAUAAUAAUUGCAGUCUCUGUCAACGUCUAGGAACUAUGAACCAACUUCAAAACUUAUGUUUGUUUCUGGAUACAUUGGAAUUUUUAUGUACCGUGAACAGUGUUCAUUGAGUUUGCUUUUGGUUUGUAGUUCUGCCUUUAAAAUGUAGUGUUUCUCUAAAAAGGCUCUGCUUUCUUGGUAUUGUAAGCAAGCCUUUAAGCUGGAAGCUUCUGCAAGGUCCCAUCAUUUAUUUAUUUAUUACUGGCAUUUAUAAAGUGGCAACAGUCCACUGUGCUGUACACUUGGGGAAAAAGAUAGUACAAUAUAAACAGACCGAUACAAAAGGGAGAGGCUACCUUGCCUGUGAGUGAGAUCCAGCCCCUGAAGAUCUUUUAUACAGAGUACUGUGCUAGAUAUCCAGUGAGCUUCUAAUCUAAAUGUUAAAAUGGGGGGAAUAACACAAAAGGUAGCCGAGGAAUUUGGAGGUGAUGGUAGAGAGAAUUCAUAGUAUAGUUUCAGUAACUGGUCACAUAUGAAGAGAAUGCAGAGGUGAAUGACUGAUUCCAAACACUUAGAAGAAACUAGGGUGGGUGGGUAGUGCUUAGUAGACAUGAAGUGUUUUUGUUUUAGUUGGUUUAUUAUGGAAUUGGGCCUAAGGAAUAGAGAUGUACAGAAUUUACAGCUAGGAAGAUCAAGUGGGGUGGGGGAAGUGGGGAUAGAUCAAAGCAGAUAUUUUUCUUUUGCAGUUUAAAUAUUACCCACCAAAUUCUAUCUGCCAAAAUAUUAACUUGCAUGUAACUGUAACUACAAAUACUACAUUAAUAAACUAUAGAUAAAAAUGGUAUUUUUAGGGGUGAAAUAAAUCCUGUGGAGUAUAUUCCAUAAUUAAUAGUAAAGAAAUUGAUUUUUUUUUCAGUUGGUUUGUGGAAUUGGGCAUAGCUUUAGUAAACUUUGAACUUUAAACAUGUACAUUUAUAGUACCCAUUUAAUUACUUUUCAUCUAUUACGUCUAUAACAUCUAAUACUAUACAGCUGCUGAUUUGGUUAAUUCUGAGAGCGUGUGCUGAAAAACCCACUGGGAGAAAGGCCCUAUAUAAAUACUAGUUAUUAUUGUUUCAAUGGUGCAAUUUGGUAUUUGAGAUAAACAAUUCAUAAUCAAUAGUAAUGAUCAUCUUUUGGCUAGCACAGACAUUCCAGUAUGACAGACGUUUAGGCCAUAAUCUUUGAUAGAGCGCCACAAGCAGUUGUUAUGUUCAUAAACAAGCUAUGUGCUGAGUGUACUUUUCUUAUUCAUCAUCCGCCGUCCCACUUGAUUUUUCCCUGUAUCCAGCUUCUUGGUGAUUGGGAAUGAGAACUUGUACCACUAGAAACUAGUGAUUAGACCAACAUCUGUUAUUAGAUCACAAAUUACAUCACCGAAUAAAAUUGAAAAUCCUAUAUAAAUUGUGUUCACUUUUUUCAUGCAAUGCUUCAUUGUUUUUCUCUAAGCAGUAAAACAACUUUCGUUUAUUGGAGUUGUUUUGGAAUAUACAUCAGGCCCCUGUACUCUUACUGCUCAAUUACCAUUAACCCCUUAAGGACCAAACUUCUGAAAUAAAAGGGAGUCAUGACAUGUCUCACAUGUCAUGUGUCCUUAAGGGGUUAAAGGGACACUACAGUCACCCAGACCACUUCAGCUUAAUGAAGUGGUCUGGGUGCCAGGUCUCCCAGGUUUUAACCCUUUAAAUGUAAACAUAACCGUUUCAGAGAAACUUCUAUGUUUACAUUGCAGGGUUAAUCCAGCCUCUAGUGGCUUUCUUCCUGACAGCUGCUAGAGGCGCUUCUGCGACGCUGGAUGCGAAAAUCGCAUUCAGCAUGCAGGACGUCCAUAGGAAAGCACUGAGAAAUGCUUUCCUAUAGACUGUUUGAAUGCACGUGCUUCCCCGUUUUAAGCCCUUUAGCCCAGCGGGAGGGGGACCCUGACGGUGGGGGAGACAUAAGUGUUAUAUAGUGUCAGGAAAACGAGUUUGUUUUCCUGACACAAUAGUGAUCCUUUAAAUCACUUUCUGUUUAUGCAGCAAUUAACGCCGUUAUGGCGUUCUAUGCCGUCGCGGCUUUAAAGGGCUUUUAAAGCCGCUGCGGCAGCAUAGAACGCCGUAACGGCUUUGAGCCCCAGGAGGUAAGAUUUACUUACCUUCGCCACGAUCCUCAUUUGCCCUCCCCUGGCAAAUGAGGCCCCCGGGGGCCAUGUGAUCGCUCUCAGAGAGCAAUCACAUGGCCCCCUAUAGCUGUCUGUGGAUCUGCCAGCAGGGGGACUGUCUGAAAUAUCAGACAGUCCCCCUGCUGGUGGGAAAUGUUUUUUUUACAUGUGUAAAAUUAAAUUAAAAGUAUUUUUAUAUAUAUAAUAUAUAUAUAUAUAUAUAUAUAUUAUAUUUUAAUACUAAUAGUAUACAUAUUAAUAUUAAAAUACACUUAGAAUGACAUUACAUAUAUAUAUGUGUAUAUUUAUGUGUAUAUAUCUAUAAUUACAAUAAUCAAAUAAUCAAAUAAAUAAAAUAUUGAAACAAAAUCUAAUAUAAAUUAUAUAUUCAUAUGUAAUUUCAUUCUUUUGUUAUUAAUAUAUAUAUAGGUAACAAAAUACACUUAGAAUGACAUUCUAUAUAUAUCUAUCUAUAUAUAAAAUACAAAUAACCGCAAAUAUAUAUAUAUAUAUAUAUAUAUAUAGAUAAAUACAUAUAAUUACAUAAAAGAUUACAUUAGUAUACACUUAGAAUUUAAAUACCCAUAAAUGCAUAUAUAUUAAAAUUCUACGUGUAUAUUUAAGUAAUCUUUUAACAUAAUUAUGUGAUUUGAUUACCGUAUUUUUCGCUCCAUAAGACGCACUUUUUUUCCCCUCAAAAGUGAAGGGAAAUGUCUGUGCGUCUUAUGGAGCGAAUGUGAAGCUUUACUUACCUGUCUUGUAGCGUGGGCCGGCAGCACAGCGCGCUCCGCGGUACAGGAACUUCAAUUUCAGGUUCCGGUUUCCGGCGGGACUGAAAGGGAAAGCACACUCAGUGUGUGCACACUUCCUUUCAGUCCCGUUGGAAACCGGAACCUGAAAUUGAAGUUCCUGUACCGCGGAGCGCGCUGUGAAGUCGGCCCACGCUACAAGACAGGUAAGUAAUUAUGGGACAAGGGGAGGGGGGAACACUAUGGGACAAGGGGAAGGGGGGACAUUAUGGGACAAGGGGAAGGGGGGACACUAUGGGACAAGGGGAGGGGUGGACACUAUGGGAGGGAAAGUGCACUAUGGGACAAGGGGGGGAACACUAUGGGAUGAGAACACUAUUGGACAAGGGGAGGAGGGGUUAACAAUCACUAUGGGACAGAGGAAAGGGGGGUUAAAAUAACUAUAGGACAGGGGAGGGGGGUUUAAAGAUCAUUAUGGAACAGGAGAGGGGAGUGGGUGGUAAGGAACAAAAAAUUCCUUAAAAAAAAAUAUUCUGAACAAACUGUCCCAUAGUAAGAAACACUAUGGAACAGUUUAGAAUAUUUUUUUUUUCUGGGUUUCCUCCUCUAAAAACUAGGUGCGUCUUAUGGAGAUCUGAUACUUCUUUUAUUACAUAUUUUUUUAUUUUGUAACAAUAAAGUUAUAGUUUUUACUACUUUAUUUGUUGUUCCUGAUACAUCUUGAAUCCUGACAUAUCCUUUGGUGGGGAUCAUACCACCACAUGCUGUCUAUACCAGAGCAAGAUAUUUGCUCUGAAAUUUGUAAGUAGGAUACUUUUCCUUUAUUUGCACACUUUUUAAUAGAUAUACUACACUAUUGGAUUUUAUUUCUAUUUUUAUCUUUCCAUAUACCACUGUGGAGGAUUGGAUACCGCAUUAUACCAUCACUUGAUAUCCUGAGACGGGGAUUAUACCGUCUAGGCGCUAUACGGCAGAGCUCUGAGUAGCUCUGCAAAGUGUGAGUGAGUCUUUUAUAAGCUUUUAUAUACUCUUAUUUCACUUGACAUAUUGCACUAUUAUUGUUCUGUACUUUUUUGUCUUGAAGGUUUUAUACAUUCCUAAUUAGAGGACUCUCUGUAUAUAUAUAUUUUAAUUAUUAUUUGCACUGUUUGGGCGCGGUUUACCACUUUUGUCUCUUCUGUUUUACUACUGUGAGCAGGUAUUGGGAAUUCCUGCUUGGUUCACUGCUGCCCACCUUUAGUUUAUUUAGUGAGCGCCUAACUCCUCUUUGUUGUGAGUCUUAUGGUGAGGUGCGUCUUAUGGAGCGAAAAAUACGGUAAUUAAAAUUUGAUUGACAUGCCUGACAACACAGGGAGAAAGUGCAGAGAAUUUAUUUCACAAGCACUAUAUUUGACCCUGUAACUCUCCAAGACACCAUAAAACCUGUAUAUAGGGGGUACUGUUUUACUCGGGAGACUUCGCUGAACUCAAAUAUUAGUGUUUAAAACUGGUAAAUUGUAUUACAUGAUGAUAUUUUAAGUAAAAGUGAAGUUUUUUGCAUUUUUUACAAACGAACUGCACUUUUAUGGACUAUAUUAUUGUUGUAAUAUGUUUUACUGUUUUAAAACACUAAUAUUUGUGUUUAGUAAAGUCUCCUGAGAAUAACAGUACCCCCCAUGUACAGGUUUUAUGGUGUUUUGGAAAGUUAGAGAGUCACAUAUAAGGCUUGCAUUUAAUUUUUUGACAUUGAAAUUUGACAGAUUGGUUAUGUUGCCUUUGAGAGCCUAUGGUAGCCUAGGAAUGAGAAUUACCCCCAUGAUGGCAUACCAUUUGCAAACGUAGACAACCCAAGGUAUUGCAAGUGGGGUAUGUCCAGUCUUUCUUAGUAGCCACUUAGUCACAAACACUGGCCAAAUAUUAGUUUUUGGCUUUUUUCGCACAAAAAUAAAUAUGAACGCUAACUUUGGCCAGUGUUUGUGACUAAGUGGCUACUAAAAAAUACUAAACAUGAAAGUGGGGUACUUUCAAUACCUUUGCUUGUCUACUUUUUCAAAUGGUAUGCCAUUAUGGGGGUAAUUCUCAUUCCUGGGCUACCACACCGUCUCAAAGGUAACAUUACUAAUCUGGCAAAUUUCAAUUUUAAAAUGGCACGUUCUAUAUUUGACCCUGUAACUUUCCAAAACACCAUAAAACCUGUUAAUGGGGGGUACUGUUGUACUCGUGCGACAUCGCUGAUUACAAAUAUGUGCAUUUUUUUGCAGUAAAACCUAACCGUAUUAUGACAUUUACAGCUAAAAUGUGAGGCGGAACUGCAAAUUUUUAAAAACAUUUAAAAUUUCCCACAGUCUUUUUAAUUUUAUUCAUAAUAAAUUAGGUUUCAUAGCUAAAUAUUUGAUAUGAAAUGAAAGCCCUGUUUCUCCUGAACAAAAUGAUAUAUAAUAGGUGUGGGUGCAUUUAAUAUGAAAGAGGUGAAUAACGGUUAAACAGACAUAUAGCGCAAAUUCCAGUUUUUGUUUACAUUUUGUUUUGUAGUAUUGACUACGUCCUUAAAGGAACACUAUAGUCACCUAAAUUACUUUAGCUAAAUAAAGCAGUUUUAGUGUAUAGAUCAUUCCCCUGCAUUUUUACUGCUCAAUUCGCUGUCAUUUAAGAGUUAAAUCACUUUGUUUCUGUUUAUGCAGGCCUAACCACACCUCCCCUGGCUAUGAUUGACAGAGCCUACAUGAAAAAAAAAAAAAACUGGUUUCUCUUUCAAACAUGUAAUUUACCUUAAAUAAUUGUAUCUCAAUCUCUAAAUUGAACUUUAAUCACAUAAAGGAGGCUCUUGCAGGGUCUAGCAAGCUAUUAACAUAGCAGGGGAUAUGAAAAUCUUAAUUAAACAGAACUCUCUUUACAGGAAGUGUUUAUGGAAGGCUGUGCAAGUCACAUGCAGGGAGGUGUGACUAGGGUUCAUAAACAAAGGGAUUUAACUCCUAAAUGGCAGAGGAUUGAGCAGUGAGGCUGCAGGGGCAUGUUCUAUACACCAAAACUGCUUCAUUAAGCUAAAGUUGUUCAGGUGACUAUAGUGUCCCUUUAAAUCACUUUCUGUUUAUGCAGCAAUAGCCACCUUCCCUGGCUGUGACAUACAGUGCUUGGCUACACAGUUCCUGAAAAAGAUGUCUAUAAGCUUCCCUUAUUGCACAGUGUGUUUAAAUUAGAGCUUACAUCCUGCUCAAGUAAUUGCUUGCUAGAGCCUGCAGCAGUUUCUUGUGUGUGAUUAAAGUUCAGUUAACAAGAAGCAGAUAAAACUUCUGAAUUAAACAUACUGUGUUGUGAUAUAUAAUUGAAUAUGAGACCUCUUUUCCAUGGGAGUUGUUAUGAUAUAAUUCUCUUUAAUAAUGUGAUUUUUAUACAAGAUAUAGGCAGACGUAUAAAAAUAGUCACAGGUGCACACGUGAAAAAUAGAUGGCAAAACAAAUGACUUACACCAACUGAUAAAACUGAGAUAAUUAACAGAAAAUCAUACAUUAGCUUGUAACUGUACUGCUAACUAACGUUUUCAGAACUUCUGGUACUUCUGGCGGGCAGCUAAAUUCUUAUGGAUGGAACCACCUGCCAUCCUCCAGCAGACUCUUCCCCCAUUUUCAAGGUUUCUAAAAACACACCUAUUCAGAAUAGUCUAUCGACUUCCAUAGUAGCAGUCAUUAUUUUCUCAAUUUAUUUAGUGGAUCCAUUUUCUACAUACUCUCUCCUUCCAAUUCUGCAACUUUUCUACACUGUCACUUCAUUCCUAUGCCUAUUCUAUUGUGUUUUUAUUUCCCACCUCCACUAGAUUGUAAGCUCGUUUGAGCAGGUUCCUCAUCAACCUAUUGUUCCUGUCAAAAUUUGUAAUAGUUUAUCUCAUUUGUUGUUUAAGUCUCCUUAAUAAUAUUGUAAAGGGCUGUGGAAUAAGUUGGUGCUAUAUAAUUGGCAAUAAUAAUAAUACAGGUGUUUCUGAUCUCAUUUUAACCCCUUAAGGACGGAAAUUUUCCGUCAUUGCAGCACUCCCCUUAAGGACGCUGGACGGAAAAUAUCCAUCCAAAAUCAAAAUUAACCCCUGAUUGCCACAAUCGCGGCAAUGAUGGGGUUAAUCUUCCUGUAGUGUGUCUCCAUAUCGGAGGCACACUACCUUGGGCAGUUUCACUUUCACAGCCCAUGUGAUCGCUCUGACCGGGAGUCAGAGCGAUCACAUGUGCUGCAGUGAAACCCGAUCUGUUUCCCUGCAGCUCCGUGUGGUGCUGAUCUGUCUCUCCUAGUAAAAAAAAAAAAAGUGUAAGCAAUAAAAUCCCACCCCCUCCCUCACCUCUUUCAAAUAAAAUUUAACCCCUUCCCUGCCCUUUGAUUUUCACUGUGAUCUGAUUUUUUUCUUUUAACCCCUGAGAGUUAACUUUUAUUUUUUAAUCCUCAGGGGUUAAAUGUAUUUAAUUAAUUUAAAUAUUUUAAAAUAUUUAUUUAUUUAGCUAGGGUGGGUAGAAGUUAGUGGGGAAAAUGGGGUAUUUACGGUUAGGCUAGUUAGGGGUUAAAAAAAAAAAUUGAAAGUGAGAAAAACUUUUGAAAAGUUUAAACAAAGUUUUAAAAUAGUAAAAUAAGUUGUUAAAAGCUAAAUAAAACUUUCAAAAAGUUUUUAAAAAAUGUUUAAAAAAAGGGGGGAAAUGCGUAUUACCUCUACACUUGGUACAGGCUAGCGAAAAAAUGAUACCACGCUAAGGUUUCAAAUAUGCCCUUUGAAACACCCUGGUAUGCCAUUGUGAAGUAAAAUGUGCCCCUUCAAUGUCGGUACAUACGGGGGUAUUGCUGUACUCAGAUGACAUAGCGAAGCAACAUAUGAUGUAUUAUACUGCUGUAGCACAUAUAAGGUUUGCAAAAUAUAUAUUACAAGCUCAUUGAGUAUGUCAAAAAGACAUAAAAAAUGCUUAUUACCACUACACUUGGUAUAAGUUAGCGGAAAAAAAUUUUCGCGCUAAGGUUCAAAACACGUCUUUUGAAAUACCCUAGAGUGUCUUCUUUAAGAAAUGGUAUGCCUUUAUGGGGUAGCUGGAAUAAUUAACCUACAAAAAAACCUCCACAGUAGGGUAUGGACACAGUAAAAAUGUAAAGUUUGAAAAAACUUCAAUGGCUGUGUCUCAAAUGUGCCCCUUCAAUGUCCGCAUAUACAUGGCAAAGGUACAUAUGGGGGUAUUGCUGUGCUCAGACGACAUAGCUAAACAAGAUAGGAUGUAUUAUAAAGCCGUAGCACACAUAAGGUUUGCAAAAUACACAGUACAAACUCAGUGUGUGUGUCAAAAAAGCAGAAAAAAUGCUUAUUACAAGUACACUUGGUACAAGCUAGCAGAAAAAUUAUCCCACGCUAAGGUUCAAAAUAUGCCUUUUGAAAUACCCUGGGAUGUCUUCUUUAAGAAAUAGAAUGCUUUUAUGGGAUAGUUGGAAUAUAAAGCCUGCUAAAAAAAACUCUAAAGUGGGGUAACAACACAGCGUAAAAAUUCAAAGUUUGAAAAAAACCUGCAAUGGCUGUGUCUGAAAUGUGCCCCUUCAACGUCCACAUAUACCUGGCAAAGGUACAUACGGGGGUAUUGCUGUACUCAGACAACAUAGCUGAGCGACAUAUAAAGUAUUAUAAAGCCGUAGAACACAUAAGGUUUGCAAAAUAUACAGUACAAACUCACUGUGUGUCAAAAAGCCAGAAAAAAAAUGCUUAUUACCACUACAUUUUAAACAAGCUAACGGAAAAAUUAUCCCACAUUAAGGUUCAAAAUUUGCUUUUUGAAAUACCCUUGUGCGUCUUCUUUAAGAAAUAGUAAGCCUUUUUGGGGUAGUUGGAAAAAGCAGCCUGCUAACACAUUUAAAAAUAGAAUACGGACCCAUUAAAACUCCAUGUAAAUUCACACUUAAAAACCUGAACUUGUCACGUCUCUUUCACAGCACUGUAACUUCACAAAAUAGUGUGUAGGUCAUACAUUGGGCUUAUUGUUUUACGCAGAGGAGGUAACUGAGCAUACUUAGGGGGAAUUUAUAACAGUGGCACUUAUCAAAUGUAAGAAAUACCCAGCGAAAAUGCAACAUGUAUGUAAAAAUAUUUAAUAUUUUUUUUUCUCACCACAAAAUUUGAAAUAAAUUGAUGAAAAAAUGGUGGCAAGUUAAGGUAUAAUAUAUGCCUAAUAACAUACCCUGGAGUGUCUGCUUUCUCAAAUGGCAGGCCUUCAUGUGGGGUUAUUUGAACAGUCAAAUGGCUAUAAUGCCACACAAUCAGACAUAUGACCAUCUAUGAAAAUUCCAACUAUAGAAACUGAAAUAGCAUGGUCUCCUAUAUGGCAUUGUAGCUUCACAGAAUAGGGUCAAAGGUAUACAAUGGGGGUAUCGUUUUACUCAGCAGAUGUAGCUAAACACAAUAUGGGGUUCUGUACAUGUGUAGCACACACUAGGUUUACGAAAUUACAAAAACCUUGUUAUAUGUGUAUAUGCCAAAAUAGAGAAAAAAUUAAAUUUUACUCCAAUAUUUAGCAGAGAUUGGCGGUGAAAUGGCUACGCAAAAAGUGUCAAACUAACCUUAGGUAAAUAGCCUGUGAUGUCUACUUUAUAUAAAUAUACUCUUUUGUGUGGCAAUUUUGUUUCCUGUAAUGGGUAUUAAACUUCCUAAACAAACAUACCAACUUAUAAAAUUGUUUAACAUUGAAAUUUUAUUUUAGAACUUGUAGUUUGUGACCUGUAACUUUCAAAAUAAACUGAAAUCCUACACAUAUUAUGCACUUUGUAAAUCAAGACACAUAAAUGAAUUGAUUUUGAAUUACUUUUCCUAAGCUGGACAUAUUAUGCACACAUUAUUAUUACCAAAACUUGUUUUUUUCCACAUUAUUGUGCAUUUUUUUUUUUUGUAAUAAUUGAGAAUUUAUAUAUGUAUAUGUCACAUCAAAUUAAAGCCCUUUUUGUUGUCUAAAAAACGGUAUAUAAUAUGUGUUGGUACAGAGAGAUGCAAAUUGCAUUUGAACACAAACAGCAAAAAAUGCAAAAAUUGCUUGUGUCCUUAAAGGGAAACCAUAGGCACUGUAUCUGCUUCAUCUCAUUAAACUGGUUAUAGUGUCUGGAGUCUUCUGGUCCCAUCAUUUCUGUCAGCAUUAAACAGUUUUUAAAGUUUUAAUGUUUUAAUGCUAAACAUGAGUCCCCGGUAAUCCAUCCCCUCUGUGCUGCUUUUGCUAAUAAAGAAGUAUUAGCCUGAGCAGAAAUGGGCAGCUGUGAUUGGCUGAGAGUGUCAGCUGACUGCUUUUAGCCUGUCAGAGUUCCAACUGACGGUAUGAGUGGGUAUGACAACAAGGAAGUGUGUAAUCUCUGCCUUAGCUACACAUACUGAAGGGGCCGGACUGUGGGUGGCCAGGGAUUCUUAUUUUGUGGCAUACUGCACGAACAUAGUGCAACACUGAAUGGAGGGACAGUGCCAGGGUACUCCAGGCACUAUAACCAAUUCAAAGAGAUGAAAUGCUUAUAGUGACUACAGUGUCCCUUUAAGGGUAUGUCCAGCUUCUGAUGCUGUGUCCUUAAGGGGUUAAUCAGGUCAGAUUUUCUCUGUGAAUCCUGGCAAUUAAUUUGUCAAACUUUUUAUACAUUUCUUACAUAAUGCCCCAAAAAGGAAUACUUUAUAUAAAUUGCAAAGACCGCUGACGGUGACAUCCCCACUGGGCUCCAGUGGCUUGGGAGGCAGGCAAACAUGAAUUUUACUUACCCAUACCUGUCCCUCGCAGGCGCUGCCAUCUUCUGCCUGUCAGUCCUCUUAAGUUCCUGUUGCUUCAGCUGCCAGGGGCCAACGGUAGUGCUGUACUGGUGCAGGGUCCUCCAUAGAGAGAACGAAUGUCCCUGCAGCCAUCACUGGUGACGGCUCGGGGAAAUGACAUGGCUUGACGGCAGUAGCUCCAUCCACUGACAAGCAAGCGUAGGAGAAAUACUGAGACAAAGUUGUCCCUACUUUGACUCAGUUUAUCUUUUGACUAUGUUGGAAUUUCUGUUUCGCCUUCAGUGAAUGACCCUUAAAGGGACACUCCAGGCACCCAGACCACUUAUGCCCAUUGGAGUGGUCUGAGUGCCAACUCCUACUACCCUUAACCCUGCAAGUGUAAUUAUUGCAGUUUUUUAUAAACUGCAAUAAUUACCUUGCAGGGUUAACUCCACCUCUAGUGGCUGCCUACUAGACAGCCACUAGAUGGCACUUCCUGGUCCAUAGCACAGAAAACCUGUGCUAGAGCGUCGGUGGACGUGCUCACGCUGUGGGAGGACCUCAAGCGUCACUCAGUUCCCCAUAGGAAAGCAUCGAAAAUCAUUUUCACUGCUUUCCUAUGGUGAGCUCUAAUGCGCAUGUACGGCAUGCGUAUUAGGUCUCCACAGCCGGCGGGCGGGAUCAGUCUCGCCCACCGGGCGACGUAAUGAAGAGGAGGAGGAGCGGCGGCGGCCCGAAACCACCGCCGAGGGACAUCGGCGGGGGUCUCAGGUAAGUGACUGAAGGGGAUUGGGAGGUGGGAGGAAGAGGGGGACCUGCAGUGCCAGGAAAACGGAUUGUUUUCCUGGCACUGGAGAGUCCCUUUAAUUGAAAUUGCAAUAUACAUUGCAAGUGUGUUUGCGGUCUCUGACAGCAUAUCUGGUUAAGUCCUUGUAAUAAAGAUCACUUAAAACCACAUACUAGAUUUACAUAUCUCUAAACUGUUUGGUUAACAAACACGAAAAUGAAACCUGCCUUAAUUGCUGUACCAUUUCAAGGUGUUUUGCAGACACAACCCAGAUUUAACCAAUAUAUAUGUAUUUCACCUCAUAUAUCUAUUAUGGCACCUCUACUGUGUAAGCAUUCCAUGCAUUCACUGGAAUUGGCAUUAUUUUUAUAAUGGACAUGAAUCUUGCUUAAUAGGCAUGACACCUUCCUACUGUAGGUGGACGAAACAAUGCAUUAGCACACUAAUUCAUUUUUUUAGGCUCUCCUAUACAGCCAACAGUUCUUCCUGCAUCCAAGAAAUAGAAGUUUGAUUUGUUGAAGCUUUAAACAUAUGUAACAAUAUGGUCUUGCUUGCCAUAAGUUUUUCAGUUAAAUUGAUUACCAUACACAUUUAGCACAAUGUAUGGCUAACAUGCCGGGCUUGGCGUUCUGCCCAGGAGUACCAUUGGACUUCUGUUGGUUUUUGAUCCUUUAAGUACCCUGAAGGGUCAGAUUGCAGCCUUUUUGGCAUUUUUAUGCCCUAAGCUGGCUUUGCAUUGAAACUCAGACCUUGAUAUGAAUAAAGUCUUUGUUGUGACCUGCCACUUCUCUUUGGAGUCUCAACCUGGUUUUCAAGGUUCUGCAAUAUGCUCAUUUUGAACCUAUACAGUUAUUGGAUUUGCAGCUGUUAUCCCAAAAGGUAUUGAUUUAGUUUCUUCUGGCUGUUUCCAAAGGGUCAUUUCUAAACUUUUGUCUCUCUCUUCCAAGUCCCAUCUAUGAGUUUUGUCUUAAGGUUCGCACAGUCCUGAGGACUGACAUAUGUUUUUUAUUUUUUAUAAUUUAUCUAUUUUAAGAUGGUCUCUUUCACUAAUAUUAACCAGAAAAGUGCUGUUUCCUCCAUUUUUAGAUGACAAGGAGAAAUUGUUGCAUAAAUUACAGUCCUUUAGGCCCUUGGGAAAAUGUAUUUCCUCUGUUUUUUUUGUCAGAAUACCUUUUGGGUCAAAAGGCUUCAGUUUUCACUGUCAUCCUAGACUCAAGUCUAUUGUCCGGAAAGCUUACACCCUGAUUAACGAGCCUCCCCUGGACAUGUUCACUGUUCAUUCCACUCAGGUAGUGGCUGUUCCAAACUUAAUUUUUAUAUUUUUGUGUCCGUUGAUGCUGCUUUUGUCAGGAAGGAGGUUCGGAGAGGAGAGAUGUUCCCAUUUAGUCAGACUCACUACCUGUCCUUCAUUUUAUGGUUGCCUCUUGCCCUGACCCCUUUUAGGUUUUUGUUUUUUAUAUUUAUUUUUUAUUUUACCCACUUUCAUAAUAUGUUGGGGACAUAUUUACACUUUAUUAGACCCAUUAAUAAAACCUUUAACAUAAAAUGGGCACACUUGAGAUUCACAUACACUGCAUAGAAGUCUUCAAUGGAAUACUAGAAGUAAUGGAACACAGAUCAAAGUCUUUAUUUGGUUCUUCCGUACAUAAUUUCCAUUUGUGUGAGUCGACAAUUUUGUCAGGAAUGUGCUAGGAAAGAUAAUUCACAUUUUACUUAAAAACAUUGAUUGUUUUAUACUUGUUAUAUAAAAUGUCUUUCAUUAUGAAUAUGUGCACAGUCACAGGCAAAUACUGAAAGUGUAAAUAGUUAGGAGCUUCAUCUUCAGCGAGACAAAUCUCCAAAUGGAGCCUAUCACAAAAAUGUGUGUCUCAGCAUGAAAAUGAGACUGCAUAAAAUAAAAUUUAAAAAAUUACACUACGUUUUAUAACAAUUAUGGUAUUUAUUACAAUUUCUUCAAUAUUAUGCUGUUAAUCCAGCAUCUAUUGACAUUAAAAUGUCCUAUGUAAAAAUUCUGGUAAAAUUAUUAAGAAUGAAUGUCAGUUCAAAUGUAAUCAACAAUAAAUAACAUAACAGAUUAAUCAAAUGGACAUAUUGUUCUGACUCCACUUUAGUCUGAUUCAAAUGCAAAUGUUCCUGCAUGUGACCUGCGUGUUUAUGUGCAUUCAAGGAAUUACGGGAAAUUGAAUUUAAAGAUAGACAUAAUAAGACAUUAAAUUAAAAAAAUUGAUUUUAAAAAUGCACCACCUUUGUGUUUUAGUUGAUCUGCUGCAGUGCUGUGCAUUCCGAUUUUAUUUGGAAGAAAACGGUGUUUGGGUCUAGCUGAAAUAGAAAAAUAUUAAUUAAAAAUAUAUAUUUUUGAGAAAAAGUUAUUUCCCUAAAGCUUUUUGUAAAUAAUCAGGAAUUCCCUUAUGAAGCAGUCAUAUUUACCUGCAGAUUUAACAUUUGUAUAAGUUAGUACAGAUAUGUUGCCUCUCUCAAUCAAGCUCUUUAGACCGAUAAUGCCAUAUCUUGUUUGUUCUUACUGAUCAGAACCCUUUCCUCUGCUGUAAUUGAAAACGCUUUUCGUGCAGUCGAAAUAGAUAACCUUGUCUGUAUAUUACAGUUUAUCAGAUAGCAGUUUGUACUGACUUUGUAUAUAUUUAAUAUAUAUAUAUGUGUAUAUGUGUGUGUGUGUAUGUAUGUAUAUAUGUAUGUAUAUAUAUAUAUAUAUAUACAUACAUACAUACAUACAUACAUACAUACACACAUACACACACACACACACUCACACUUUGGGACUCGAACGGAUUAAGUUUGGUUUCCGAGGUGUGUGUGUGUGUGUAUGUAUAUAUAUAUAUAUAUAUAUUAAUUAAAAGAUGGCUCGGCACACACACUCUUCCUGAAGGCCGUUCGAGUCCCAAAGUGUGUGUGUAUGUAUAUAUACAAACACAUACAAAGUCAGUACAAACCGCUAUCUGAUAAACUGUUUGUAAGCAGGAAUAUACAAACAUGGAUAUAUAUAAUGUGUGUAUGUAUAUAUACACACACACACACGCACCUUACAUUUAUUUGAGUGGUUCCUGCCUCUAAUACUUGUUAGACUUGAAAAUGAGACAUGGCUCUUUGUUGUAUGAUUGGAUACCGAGCCAUUUUUUUUUUUUUUUUUACUAAUUGGUCUUUGUUGCAUGUUCGGGUACCGAAGAUCGUUUGCCUACCGAGACACUUUUUACUGUGAAUAUUUGUUCGACUUCCGAAUUGUUGGAGAAUGGGACCUAUUAGUCUAUUGCUGUUAUUCCUUCAAUCCUCCACUAGUCCUAAUUCCAGAUGUGCUAAAUAUGAUCGUAAUAUUAUCAUUGUGUAGAAUUUUAUUUAUAUAUAUAUUGUAACAAACCACCUCUUUUACAGGUAGGAUUGUCACAGAUCUUGCAGUAACCACAGCCUUCUAGGGUAAUCAAAGUCCAGGACACAUUCAGCUCGGUUUUCCUUUUUAUUCAAUAAGAAAACAGGUGCUUUAAGUAAUAACAAACAAACAAAAUCCCUUGCUCUUACUUGAGCUCUUACUAGACAGGAAUUACUAUCUGUAAUUGGGUGGCUUUCCCACUUACCAAUUUUCCAAACAAAAGAAAUGGCUUUGCAGUAAACACAAUUGUCGUUCACUCUCCUAGCUGUCUUUUUCUCCCUCACUCUGCAGCAGGCUGCCCUCUUCUUUUAAAGGCCUGUCUACUAAUUGACUAGCUACAGGUGAGUGCCAAUUAGUUAACUCUUAAGUCAGAUCUAAAUUGUGGUCUGUUACACAGCAACUAGUGCUGUUGGAGCAUUGGCCCACCCUGCUCUCCAAAUACUCCGCCCCAGGCACCCAUACCAUGUUUUGCAGAACCUCAGCAAUGUAGAUUGCAAACUUUAACAUCUCUCCCUGGGGCAUUUAACUGAAAAUUCUCUGGUUGCUGUUUAGCAAAUCAGGCCUGAUAUAUCUUCCAUCAACCACAAUUCCACUUUUACGCUCAAUAUAUAUAUAACACACACACACACACACACACACACACACACACACACACACACACACACACACACACACACACACACACACUGUGGAACCUCGGAACUCAAACCUUUUGACCCAAAAUAUAUAUAUAUAUAUAUAUACUGUAAUAUCCUCUCUAAAAUUCCAGUUUUCUAUCCCCCCUAUUGGCUUUGUAGCUUAUCUCUCAAGCAUACUUUCUUCCCAACCUUAAUUUUAAGAAUAUAUAUAGAUAUCUAGAUAUACAUAUAGAUGUGUCACGGGAGAUGGGAUUCCUCGUAUGUGUUCCCUUAUUUGUACUUUGUUUCAUCUGAUGUGGAGGCCAAAGGGGGGUUAAAAAAAAACAACAGGAUUCAGCAUGACAGUGCCGCUUUAAAAAGUGCCUCCCGAGUACAGACCUUCCCGUGCCUCUUCUAUUUGCGAGUGAACAAUAAAUGGAAGGUUCUAUUCUCGCCCGGAGCAGCUCAGUUCAGUGUCAUUGGGGCAAGAACUUUUCACACCGUCUGACAUGGCACAGGUUAAUCAUCUCAAAUUUAUAAUGCCUGCUCCUAGCUGAACAUACAUAUAUAUAUAUAUAUUUCUGCAAUCAGCGCCAUCCAGUGAAAGGGUUUACCCUGCCAUUUUUUAUAACUAUGACUUAGCAGCUUAGCUGCAAUAGCCACAAUUCUGAGGAUUCAGAGUUAAACCAUAAAUGCUUAAAGUGAUGAAGAGGUGUUUCUAAACAACGUGUGCAACUAAGCUGCUAACAAAUACAAAUUGGCACUGUAUUAAAGGACCACUCUAGGCACCCAGAUCACUUCAGCUUAAUGAAGUGGUCUGGGUGCCAGGUCCAGCUAGGGUUAACCCAUUUUUUCAUAAACAUAGCAGUUUCAGAGAAACUGCUAUGUUUAUGAAUGGGUUAAGCCUUCCCCCUAAUCCUCUAGUGGCUGUCUCAUUGACAGCUACUAGAGGCGCUUGCGUGCUUCUCACUGUGAUUUUCACAGUGAGAGCACGCCAGCGUCCAUAGGAAAGCAUUAUGAAUGCUUUCCUAUGUGACCGGCUGAAUGCGCGCGCAGCUCUUGCCGCGCGUGCGCAUUCAGCCGACAGGGCGGAGAAGAGGAGGAUCGGAGGAGGAGAGCUCUCCGCCUAGCGCUGGAAUAAAGGUAAGUUUUACCCCUUUUCUCUCCCCAGAGCCGGGUGGGGGCACCCUCAGGGCACUAUAGUGCCAGUAAAACGAGUGUUUUCCUGGCACUAUAGUGGUCCUUUAACAGAAAUUGGCCCAGUGGGCAGGUUUAUUUUACUUUUCCUCCCAGUAUAAGGUUGUCAGAUGAGUAAAACAUUAAAGAUAAAUGGCACAAUCUGGAAUGAGAUUUUUUUUUUUUUUUAGUGUUUGUUUUAACCGAAUAAAAGCCCACUGGAAAUCACUAAAUCAAUCACUGGAAAUCUGCAGUUACAGUAUCAGUUAUGCCUGUAAAUUACUAUUACUAUUGCAAUGCAGUACAUGCAAUUGGGAAGUGAAAAAGGUAUUGACUCACUUUAAGUACAUUUACGUUUUACAUACACGCUCUGGUCUCAUUGUGUGCUUAAAAGUGGGGUAUGCCUGUGUGUGUGUGUGUAUGUAUGUAUGUAUAUAUAUCUCUAUAACUCUUUGAUCACUGCCUGGUUCUGCUUUGUAAUGCUCCUUCAAAGAGAUUUAUAAAGACCUUUAGUGGGGGGAAAUGGGUUUAUUUCCUUUAUUAAACACACAAGAGUCAAAUAUUUUGCCUUUUUCUACAUGUUUUACAAGUAGGUACCUUCUCUAGAGAAGUUUGUAAGUAGAUACCGUGACACUGCUUCUAACUAUUAGUUUCUUUGUAAUUUUGAGCCAAUCUGUGUCUGAGUUUAUUUUUCUCAAAAAAAACUGGCUCCAUGUAAAAAGGACUGAGAGAAUAGAGUAGAAUUUGAAUGAUUUUUUUUUAAUUCAGAUUUUAGCAAGGAGAUUUAUCAAUUACAGAUCCUCCUUUCUGCAUAAUCUUUGUGCUUUUGCUUUUUAACCAUACAAACCCCACUUGCUAAACAUCUUUCUUUUAAUGUUCAUAUAUAUUUGUGUGUGUGUGUGUGUGUGUAUGUAUAUAUAUAUAUAUAUAUAUAUAUAUAUAUAUAUAACAUCUUUCUUUUAAUGUUCAUAUAUAUUUGUGUGUGUGUGUGUGUGUGUGUGUGUAUAUAUAUAUAUAUAUAUAUAUAUAUAUAUAUAUAUAUAUAUAUAUAUAUAUAUAUAUAUAUAUAUAUAUAUAUAUAUAUAUAUAUAGUAUACUAGGGCAGGUAUAUAAAUAUGUAUUCCUGACCAUAUGGUGUAAAAAAUAAAAACAGAUUAGCCCCCCUGGCCGUACCCCCCUAAAAAGGUUUAAAACAUAUCUUAUUCCAGCACCGCGUGGGUGUCGGGUCUGCUUGCGCUGGCAUCAAUUCUGAUGAUCUUAGCCAAGGAAGCAGGGCGGAAGCGAGGCCAAACACCACCUCAGCCAAUCAGCAUCUUCUCAGAGAGAUGCAUUGAAUGGGGAAAGUGUGGAGAUGCUGAACAUCAUCGCUGCACAUUGUGCAACACUAACCUAGGAAGCAUCUUUAGUUGCCAUCUAAAUGACUUCCACUGGAGGUGUAAACUCUGGGUUUACAGAAAAAUGCCUGCAGGGACUGACUAUACUCACAAUAGCAACUACAUUAAGCUGUUUUGGUGACAAUAGUGUCAAUUUAAUUUUAAUUUUCUUAUUAUUUAGUCUUAAAAUUAAUUGGACACAGCUUGAAACACAACUAAAUGAGAUUAUAAAUGUGUUUUUUCAAAUUAUAAUUAUUUUCUCAUUGAUGUCUUAACAGCAGUUGAUAUAUUGGAAAAACAAAAGAAAUAUGUACAUAUUUAACAUAAUAUGGCAUCAUCCAACUAAUCUAAUUAGUGUUAUGUGGAACACCCUACCUUUAAACAGAGAAUGGAAAUCCUCACUAAAGAAGAAUAUAUUUAUUGAGAAAUAAAUGUUUUAUAACUGCAUGAGAACGUGUUUCAUAGCAUGAAGUACCUGUGAAUUGAAAAUGGAAAUGUAAUUUACUUGGUGAAAUGGAAGAUUAAUUUCUGAACAUUUUUAUUUACCCUGGGCUUUUCUGAUUUAAACUUAUUUCAGUCAUCCUAAAAUUUACUAAUUAAAAAAAUAUAUAUUAUUAUUAUUAUUAUUAUCACUCUUAUUGUGCCUUCAUUUUAGACAAAACAUGAAUUGAGGUCAGUGUGUUCUUCCUAUGUUUGUUGAUCUGUCCCUUUUUUAUUUUUUUAAUUUUGCUUUGUAAUGUAUACAUUGCUGCAGGCUGUCCAGCAAGGCAAUGCAAUUGACAAAUAUGUAGCGCAGUGUUUGUUUUAUGUAUUAUUAGAUGCAUUUAAACUAACUGGGGGAUAUUGAAUGAAAUCAAAUUUCUGUUGCUUUGGCUUUUAUAUGUUAUCCUAAAUACUGGAAGGGAAUUAGUUCAGAGCGGGAAAUGACAAGCUGCAAGAUUAAUGGCAGUAAGUACUUUUUAUGUCUGAAAAUAUAAGAGCAUAUUUUGGGAAAGAUAAAGUACACGCCAUAUACAGCAUGUCAGUGCUCACCAUUAUUUCAAACUGCAUUUUCAUUUUUCACAGGGAAUGAGUUUUCAUUUUACCUGUAUAUUUUGCUAUUUUCUUUUAUAUGUGUUUAUAUUUGAUUGAUGUUUGUCUGUAGACCAGCCUUUGUAUUAUUUUAGAGUUGUAGUUGGAAGAUUUAUGAAGAUGGACAUUUUGAAAAAUUAGAUUCAUUGUUUCAGAAAAAACCCAGCACAGGAUCAAACAGAGCAGAAACAUCUAAAUACAUAAAGGGAAUCUAUAUUUAAAAGAAGAAAAACUACCACAACAAGAGGACAUAGUCUUAAAGGACCACUCUAGGCACCCAGACCACUUCAGCUUAAUGAAGUGGUCUGGGUGCCAGGUCCUUCUAGGGUUAACCCAUUUUUUUUAUAAACAUAGCAGUUUCAGAGAAACUGCUAUGUUUGUGAAUGGGUUAAGCCUUCCCCUAUCUCCUCUAGUGGCUGUCUCAUUGACAGCCACUAGAGGCGCUUGCGUGCUUCUCACUGUGAUUUUCACAGUGAGAGCACGCCAGCGUCCAUAGGAAAACAUUGUAAAUGCUUUCCUAUGCGACGGGCUGAAUGCGCGCGCAGCGCUUGCCGCGCGUGCACAUUCAGCCCAGGAGGAGGAACGGAGGAGGAGAGAAGGAGGAGAGCUCCCCGCCCAGCGCUGGAAAAAGGUAAGUUUUUAACCCCUUUCCCCUUCCAGAGCCGGGCGGGAGGGGGACCCUGAGGGUGGGGGCACCCUCAGGGCACUAUAGUGCCAGGAAAACGAGUAUGUUUUCCUGGCACUAUAGUGGUCCUUUAAAUUAGAGGGGCAAAGCUUUAAAAAAUUAUAAUUUCAGUGGAAUUAUUUUUAUUCGAUACUAGGAAGGAUUCUCCUGUUUGUCUGUAGUAUGUAUGUUUCCAGAUACUCUAUAUAGACUUGUAGUUUGAUUGCAGCAAUAGGAACACGAUUACUUCUAGUGUAUUUUAAUAACCAUACCAAGUACCAGAACAAAUACCUCUGGGUUAUUACUGUGUAUAUACUCAUGUAUAAGUCAGUAAUGUGGCUGUGCUGGGAAUUGUGGAAGCCGCGAGGGAGCAUGAUAGUCAGGUCUGCUCCCUCCUUAAGUUAGUGCUUUCUAACAGCUGCACUGCUGUUAGUAUUACGGUAGUGAGUGUGCCGCCGGACCGGCUAGGCGGCCGCCCAGCGGCACCACCGUUAAUUACAUUUGAUGUGGCCGUCCCCCUGGGCGACGGGCUUCCUCUCUAUAGGAGGGAAGAAUGAGUACUGCGCGGCCCACCGGGAAUUCUAUGGAAACUAGCACUGCCGCGUGUAUAAGUCGACCCUGAGUUUUUCCAUGAAGUUUCCUCAAAUUUAUCAUCUUAUAUAAAUAUACGGUAGUCCUCAUUCCUUUCUAUAAGCAGCUGUACCAAAAACUAGGAUGUAAUGAAUGAGUUUUCUGAUUGGCAUGUUUCAAAUAAAACCUUUUGUUUAGACACUGAAUAUAAUGUAACUUUUGGAGUUGCCUUUAGUCACUUACUCAAAACGUUUAUUUACUCAUUGUGAUAUUGUACUUUAAUAAAACAAUGUCACACUUGUAUAGAUUUUUCAAUAAAUGUGAGCCUAUUUUCUAAUUAACCAUGUGUAUAAAAUACUAUUUUGCUGGAGGGGACGGGGUCUUACCAGCUGAGAGGAUGCAGAACAGACCUGCUCCUGCUCUUCCAGGCAAUAAUCGCUACAUACAAGCCACAAACAGCUCUCAAACAACGCAAAUGGGUCACCAAUCGAGAGGCACACACUGACACCAAAUAUGCUGCCAUCCCUGCAGGAAUCACCGGAGCGACAUUUGCAGUCUAGAAGCUUGGUCGGCGCGGGGGAGACGGCUGCUCCCCGAUUGCCCCCAAAAGAAAAAAGUUGGCACCCAUGUACCAGAAGGGGUUAUCCCGUUCCCAGAAAGACCCCUACAGGCUCGGGGGAAGCAUCCUCAAGCAAUGCUUACCAAACCCAAAAUGGCGCCAAACGCCACUGGGUCACGAGACACAGCACGGAGGCCUGACAUUCUAACACGGCUGGAUGCCAUAUUUGCAGCCUUCUAGAUGAAACUGGCAAAACGGCAAGCUGGGGCACAUGCUCUAGUAGAACAUGACAGCGACACCUACAGCAUGAGAACAUACCCACGUGGCUGUGACCACAGACGGCCACUUUCUCACACAUGAACAAGCCACCUACAAGCACACCACCAUGUUUUGGCUCAACAUGAGAUCCAUGAACUUGGCUAUCAGGGGCUCCUGAGACAGCUGUCCAAGGCUGCACACCCUCUCACAAGCCUGGGGUUGGAGAUAUCCCUCGCCCUGCUACGCUACAGCUGAUCCAAGCCUAAUCUCUCCUACACAUCACUUGCCCUUCCGGGAUCGGCUGAUCUAUUACUUGAGCACACAUCCAGAACUUUAUUCUAUGUAAGGGGGCGGCAGACUGGGAGUCAAACUGUUGAAGCAUAGUUAUUUUUCUGUUGACAAGUUUGUAUUGUAAGUUAUAUGCCUGCUUUAACAUAUUUAUUCAUGACCUAUGUUUAGCACAAGAGGGUGUAGUGUCUCAUUACUUCCUAGAUGCCUGUAGCGCUAUACGUACAGCACCUAGUUUAGCUAUAAAGCAUGUUACUAAUCUAUGUCAGUCAUGUAAACCUAUUUCUUGUAAACCUACUUCUAGCUAUUGUUAUUCACACCUACUAAUCUCCUUACCUAAUUAGCAUUACUCUUAAUUUAAAAAAUGUGCAGUUUAAUCUUAUGUCACAAUACUGUCAGCUUUAAAUUGUCUGUAACCGCUAUUGUGGCAUUGUAAAUAUGUUUGUACCUUCUUUUGCACAACAAAAAUACAGAAAAAAAAAUAAUAAAAAAAAAAUAUAUAUAUAUAUAUAUAUAUAUAUAUAUAUAUAUAUAUAUAUAUAUAUAUAUAUAUAUAUAUAUAUAUAUAUAUUCUUUUGCUGGAAUGUUUUUGACAAUGAAGAAAUAACUACAAAUGUGGAUACACAUUACACAUUUCAAACAAAAUACCUGUUCCUGCAAGUAAUAUUGACCACAAAACUAAUAGAAAAUAUUACUUUCGUAUUAUAAAGCUAAAAAUUUAGUGUAUUUUUACAGUGAAAAAAACCCUCUAAAAGACCAGGUUUUGCCAAGCUAGCUUUAUUUCUACAUAGACUAAAGGGGCAUAGGUAUUCCAACAGACAAAGAUGUGUGUAUGUGUACCUACAAUUACGGCAGGUGUGUAAAUAUUCACUGAUUCAAAAAAAAUUAAAUAAAAUCUGCGAACAGCAUUUAGAACAUUAAUAAAUAUUGAUUCCAGGGUAGGCAAUGAAUUAUCAGUGCUAGUGUAUGAACAAGUACUACUACUUCAGUAUUUUGAAGUGGGUAUGGUGCUUGAAUUAUGAAAUGCUGCACAUACAGAUAUAUAUUGCUGAUAUAUAUUAGCAUCAUUAGUAUGUCAUAAUCCAGUCUGGAACAAAACGAUUUACCAUGGUUGAGUGCGAUCUGCUCAGUCGUGAUGUUCUCAAAUAAUUUUAGGGCGGUAUGCAGCACUCACUUUAAGUGUUGCUUACAGCCCAUCGGUCAGCCUGGGCGCCACUGAAUAUGACCCCAGCUGACGAGUGAGCCACCCACCUGAUACUCUGGUAUCCCUGGUGUGAGCAAUCAUUAAACAAUAUUCACAUCUCAUUGCCAAUAUAUGCAAUUAAAUGGCUGUAGUAGCACUUACUUUGAGCACUGCAUGAAUCACACCUGUCCAUCUAGGAUCACUAAAAAUGGUCCCAGUCGGCAAAGGGGAGCCCCAUGUGUCUAUUGAGAACUAGGUUUUCUGGUGUAAGAAGGGAUUUAACCCUUUUUUACACAGCAUUGCCUUCAAAGGGGAUUUAAAUUCCCAUUAAAAUAACUGUAGGCAGUGCUCAGUUUAAGCACCCUAUACAUAGCAUCUGACAGUCUGGGGCAACUAAAGAGCUAGCACCGUUAAGACCUGUUUAAUGCGUUCUAUGAAAGCUCUGUAGAGUUAGGGCAUAAUGACACGUUCUAAUGUCAUUAAGUGAUUAAAUUGGUAGUAAUAGUUAAUAGCUACUUAAAACCAGAUAUUUGAAAUGUUAUUUGACAAGCAGAUGCACAUUAUUCUUGUAGAGCCAGGUUAAUGUAAAAAUUAUUGGUCAUAAAUGUUUUUACCUAGGGACACCAAUUAUCAGAAAGAAUUGCUCCUUUACUGAUUAUUAUUCCACUACUUUGUUCUCAACAGAAGGUUACUAAAAUCAUUUAAAAUCCCUUGCAAUGCAUCCUACACUGGCACAGUGCUUUUAACUGGCAAAAACAAUUGGCUAUUUACUGUCAUUCAUGACCAUGAACUCAUUUGUUGUGUCAUUGUUUCUCCCAAAAGGUCUUACUCUAUCAAACACUUGUUACAUUGUUUCUAAACCUCCUUUGUGCAGUAUAAAGUUAUUGGCUUUUGAUCGGUUAUAUAGAAGCUAUAACUUGGCCAACAUCCCAAGUAGGAUGCUUACCUUCUACUGCUCUUUAAGUUCAAAACCAACCAAAAUUGCCUCAUGUCUUAUUGUUACACAGGGCAAGCUGGCAAGAACUGUAUACGGGAGAUUCUGGAUGUAGUGUAUUCCUGUUGGUUGUCUGGCUGUUACUCGGUUUUACUAUAAUGUGACUUUUCAUGUCAAGUCUGUGUGUACUAAUCAUGUUUCCAAAUUGUUUGUGUUUUGUUGCCAUAAUUCUUUAUGAUAUUUUGCACUCCUGAUUUUAAUAGACAUUCUACGCUGUGCUAUAAAACGGUUUUCAUUGAAAAUGAUUCUUUUGUAAUUUACUAUUCUGUUCUGGGUAAAAUUGGUUCAGAGUUUACAGAAAUGUGCAAUAAAAGAGAAGCCUUUGCAGAGCAAAUAAUAACAGAUACAUGAUUGAAUUUGCAGCCAUAUUUUAUGAUGUUAUAAAAUGAAUGCAAACUAUCAGCAGUGCAUUUAUUACAACUUUUUUUAUUAUUAUAAUAUAUAUUUUUUGCAGUGAUUUAAUAUCAAAGUACGCAGCACUGUGUUUACAAUUAUUUAUUUAGCAUGGAAGAAUCUCCUGAGCUAGAGUGAGCCUUUUUUCCUAUGGCAGAGUGGUUGAGUUCCUACCGUCAUGCUUUGCCUUUUUGUCUUUGAUCAGUAUUGUGUGAAAUUUCAAAGGUUAUCUGACAUGCUGGGUUUUUCAGGACAUUAAAUUGACAUUUUGGAAUAGUAGUAACAAAAUGAGACACUGCAAGAAAAUGUUUGAAAUGAUGUCUUUAACGGAGUAGCAAUUGGUAUAUCUGUAAAAACAUUUCUUCAAUGGCCCUCCCAUAGUGCAUGAUACUUAAAGGAUGCUGACUUACCUGCCUUCCUCCCCCCAUUAUAUUGGUACUGGUUUAUUAUCUAUUUAAUGGUGGGCUUUCCCUCUCUAUUUAUAGAAUGUUUUAUAUGUGAACCAAGCAUAUCCUCGUAUAUGUCAAAUUGUUUCCAAUUUUGUCUAUACUGUAUGAAGUAGCUGUAUUUAAAGGGACACUAUAGUCACCAGAACAACUACAGCUUAUUGUAUUUGUUCUGGUGAGUAAAAACAUUCCCUUCAGGCGUUUUGCAGUAAACACUGUAUUUUCAGAGAAAAUGCAGUGUUUACAUUACAGCCUAGGGAUAACGUCACUGGCCACUCCUCAGAUGGCUGCUAGAGGUGCUUGCUGGGGCAAUACUUCACUCUGUGUAGCAAUGUCAUUGUGUCUCCACCCACUGCAUGGAGACACUGAACUUUACUCAUAGAAAUGCAUUGAUUCAAUACAUCAUAGUAGCAGAUGCUGAUUGGCCAGGGCUAUGUUUGGCUUGUGCUGGCUCUGCCCCGAUCUGCCUCAUUGACAGCCUCAGACAAUCCUAUGUGACAGCAUUGUGAUUGGCUCAGAUAAUCACUUUUGAUUAUGUCAACCAAGCAGACAGAUCAGAGCCAUAGGCAGAAGCUGCAGACUUAAAAGUAAGAUUUUACUAUAUUUAGGGAGGGCAGGGGGGCUAGAUGGUGGUUUUAACUCUAUAGGGUCAGGAAUACAUGUUAAUCUUCCUUUAAAUAUUAAAUCCAGUCCAUCUCCAUUUCCCCUAUGCAGUGCUACUUAUGUCACAGAUUAACAAAGAGAUUUAAAGUGGUGCUAUCUUUUUAAUUUUUUCCUCCCCAUAAGAAAAAUUAUCCUUAUGUAUAACUAAAUAUCUAAGAUGAAUUUUAAACAAAAACAAAGAGAAAUUGAUGAACAUUUAACUGAAAAGCAAAACCUGCAAAGUAACAUUUUAAAGUGUGUGCAUUUACAAUUUUGGCAGUUCGUUAUACCAUAGCAGGCAGGAUUGGCAACAUCCUGUGACUAGUGCCUAGAGUGGCACAAUGCACUUUUUCAUUAAUCUGUUUUUAAGUGAUUUACAUAAACCAGAUUUCUCACUGGAACCAAAAGCGUGGUGUCUGAUAUUGCAGACGCUUAAAAAGUAGUGAUAUUCUUUGAGCCCUAGUUGUUAUGGUUUGUAGUGUCCCUUUACAUUUUUUGUAUUUGUUGUAGGAAAACAAAUGGUACACAUCUUUGUGACACUACAUGGCUGACACGUUGUGGCAGUUUAAAUCAAGUCUUCAUUGCUUUUUCUGAAAUAUCCAGAGUCACUGACCUAAAGUCAUCAAACUCAACGGUGCAUACUAGAGUCACUUACAAUGCAUAACCUUACGAUCACACAAUAUAUUGUAUAAUAUAUGGAUGGGUAGCUGAAUAUGCAGGCCAUGUUUUUAAUCAAAAUAAUCCACAAAAUGUCAAGGCCACCUUGGUCACUAUUGUACAAAUACUGGAUACGCGUACAAAAUGAACAUUCUUGGAGUUUCAGCCCUGUAUGAAGGAUAUAUUACUGCCAUCAUAAAAGGCUAGAGUAUAGCUUAUUUGGCCAUCAAUGUAACAAUGUGACUGUUUAUAUUAGAAAUGACUUCAAGUGGGGUCAGGUGAAUCUGAGUGCAUGUACAGUGGGACCUCGGUUUACGAAUUUAAUGUAUUCUCCGGGACGUUUCUUCUUGCAAAAAAUUUGUAAACGGAAAUGCGGUUUCCCAUAGGAUUGAAUUGAAAACCAAUUCAUCCGUUCUGGAGGUCUGAAAAAAAGUCAAAAUGAGCCUUUCCACAGCUUGAGAAAUGCACCAAAAAGUCCCAAACCAACUGCAAACAAUUUCCAGAAUGGCUCCAAAACUGGAUGCAAAAGCCGCUCCAACAUCUCCACACUCAAUGCCACGUGCUACCCACAGGCUCCAGCAUGCAGGGGGCGGUGCUAUAAACCUCCCGGGUGCAAUGCAUCCUGGGGAAACUUGCUCUGUAUUGCAAAAACAAAUUGUAAACCGAGGCAUUAUUUUCAAUGGAUUUUCAUUUGUAAACCGAAAAUUAUGUUAACCGAGUAGUUUGUAAACAGAGGUCCCACUGUAUAGUGUUUUCCUCACCAACUCUUUGUGCAGACAUACUCUUUACAAACUCUGUGUAAUGAGUUAAAAAAAAAAUUUCCACCCCUUUAUUAUAACCCCUUAAGAAACAAGCUUACCGUAUAUACUCUAGUAAAAGCAGAGUUUUUCAGCACAUAUUUUUUUCGGCUUAUACUCGAGUCAGGGUCUGUAUUAUGGCAACUUACAUUGCCGUAAUACAGACCAGGACCGCCGGGCUCAUUAUAAGCCCGGCGGUCCUGGGGGGGGCGGCAGAAAGCUGUUACCUUCCCAGCAGCUCCCUUCAUCUCCCUGUGUAAAUCUUGCGAGUCCAGCGGCCGUCAGAAUGUUGCCACGGGGUUACCGUGGCAUCGCUCCGCACGGCACACAGACCGCGAUAAUUACAAAGGGAGAUGAAGGGAGCUGCUGGGAAAGUAAGUAACAUCUUUCUGCCGGCCCCCCACUGCUCAGUACAUACCACUGGACCACCAGGGAAUGCCAUAGCCCCCCUCCCUGGCCAGGUAACAAGCAGGGAGGGGGGCCAAAAAAAAGUAAAACAAUUAAAUAUUAAAUAAAAAUAUUAAAAAUGCCCUCCCCCCACCCAGUUUAUACACACACACACACACACACACACACACACACACUUUUCAUUCUAUACGCACACACACUUUUCAUUCUAUACGCACACACACUUUUCAUUCUAUACGCACACACACUUUUCAUUCUAUACGCACACACACUUUUCAUUCUAUACGCACACACACUUUUCAUUAUAUAUGCACAUUCUGCAUUCAUUAUAUAUGCACAUUCUGCAUUCAUUAUAUACACACAAACACACACACACACACUGCAUUCAUUAUAUACACACAAACACACACACACACACACACACUGCAUUCAUUAUAUACACACAAACACACACACACACACACACACUGCAUUCAUUAUAUACACACACAGUAAAUAUUUAAUGUAAUUUUAUUGGGAUCUAAUUUUAUUUUGAAAUUUACCAGUCGCUGCUGCAUUUCCCACCCUAGGCUUUUACUCGAGUCAAUACGUUUUCCCAGUUUUUUUUUGUGGUAAAAUUAGAUGCCUCUGCUUAUAUUUGGGUCGGCUUAUACUCGAGUAUAUAUGGUAAUUUGUUUGUUUUUUUACUUAAGAAACAAAGCAAUUUUUAAAUUUUUUUCCCCUUUGUGUUUUCAACCGCAAUUUCCAUCUUGCACCAACACACAUUAUAUACUGUUUUUAAAGGACAAAUGGGACUUUAGUUUGAUGGGGCAUAUACAUAUAUAAAUUCUAUUUUUUUGUUGUUCAUAAAACAAAAUUCACAAACAUGCAACAAACCAUGUGAAAAUGUGGGAACGUUUCCACCGAACAGCACUUUUCUUGUGUUGUGGAACCGACCGCAGGUGAUGCGGGAAGUCCAGCGAUGUUUGAUAGUUUCUGUGUCCGUUUUCAGUUCCAUGAGAUUCAUACCCAAACACCCCUGCCUGCGGUCAUGUGAACAAGAUGGCCGCCACCUCGUGGUUGGAACACUGCGGUGGAAAUUCUCUGAAACUGCUAUGUUUAAAGCAGCAGGGUUAACCCCAGAUGGACCUGGCACCCAGACCACUUCACUAAGCUGAAGUGGUCUCGGUGCCUAUAGUGGUCCUUUAAAUGCCUAAUACAUCUAGGAUCUAGAAAGAAAGAACAAAAACAUUUUUGUGAUAUUUUUUAACUCUAAUCCGAUAUAAAUCUCCCAAUGCUAUAUCAACCGUACCCCUUACCCAAUGUUAACACUAACUCUAACCUAAUCUUCUAAAAUAGCAUUAAACUAAACCCAGCAUUAACCCUUACCUUAUCCUUACACUAACCCUACAGCUAACACUAAGGAGACCCUUGCUAAUAUGAAUUGUGAUAUCAGAAAAUGGGUUUCCCAGUGGUUUGUGACUGCCUGUUUCCAUAUUUACAUUUUAUGUAAUUAUGAAUAGAGCUUUUUUCCCCCAGUUGAUUAUGCUGUGAUCGGUGCUGAGCAGAUGGCAGAGCUUAGCACAGAUCACAAUCAACCUGGGAAACAGCAGGGAUACCCUGUCUGGGUCUGGUCAGACCCAGGGGGGUCUCUCUUCACGAGCAUGCAGCACAAAAACUGUGGCUGAGUGUGUCCGGUCAAGUAUGUAACAGUUAACAUUGCAUUUUCAUAGUAACUGCAGAGCUACCUAAUCACUUCCACAUGUAUUAAUGCAGUAUUGGUUAAUCUCUACUUGCAGAACUACCUCUUGCAUUUAUAUACAGAUUUUAUCUCUAGGACUUUCCUGUCCAAAUGCUUGACAUCCAUCAUUCAGCAUGAAUCACUUUGACAGAUUAUAAUUGAUCUAUUAACAUUGCUUGAUCUUUAUCCAUUAAUUUGGAAGAUGGCCAUACAUGUUCUCUGUUGGACAUCAAUGCAAUAUCUUCGUAGCAUAGUCUGUUUGAUUAUUGACAUUAGAAGAAGUAUAGCUUUGUUAAUUGUAGCAUUAAAUUAAAACUGUCUCAAUGAACACUAUAUAAGUGUACACGCAGAACAAAUUGUUUUAUAUUUUUUUUUUCAUUUGCAUAAUACCUACUGUUUUAGCCACAGAGGUAUAGCUAAUAAUUUUGCCAUCUUCGGUAACAACAGUAAAGAGGAACAAUUCAUACUAUGUUUCAGGAAAAAGAGAACUGUUUGAUUAGCAGUCUUUUUAAACCUUUGGGUAUUCUCAGGUAUAUGACAUGUGGGUGGUUUGGCAUUCAUGGUGACCAUGCAUCCGAUUUACAUAUCUUAUAAUGCUCUUACAGCUAAAUUACGGUCAUAGCAUUAGAGGAGAUAUAGUCCACAACAUGUGGAGUGCUGAAGUUUGCCUACUACUGGCAUAUUCCAUCAUUGAAAUGGCGGCAAAAUGAUCACUCCAAGCGCCAGAUUAACCAUGCCUUUUGCAUAAGCUUCGGUACUAGCAGCGUUCCUCCCCUUCAGUCUGUUGCUUAGUAACAGCAAAUUUGAAAAAAUAAAUCAUUACAGUUUAUAAUCUUGCCAAGUAAUCGGUUUCAGAAGAAAUGCUUUGCAUUGCCUGUAUAGGAGCUUUUAUGAUGUGUACAUAGUAUUGGAGUGCCCACUACUUUGGUCAGUCCAUAUCUCUUGAUCACUUUUUCCGGUCCAUUAUAUUGGGACUUAUUAUUAUUAUGAUCUAUAUAAUGCCAACAUAUUCCCCAGCGCUUUGCAAUUAUAAAAUUGAAAUAUUUGACAAGUAAUGUACAUAUGGAAUUUAAUAGAGACAGGUGAAGGAGGCCCUGCUCAAACAAGCUUACAAUCUAUGGGGAGAGGGUAAAGGACACACAAGAGAAGUAACAGCAUGUCAGAGAAGAAAAUGGAUUGAUGGAUAAGAUAACCUGUGUUGAAAUUAGUUGGUAAAAGCAGUGUGUGGAAGAACCGUACAGUGACAGGGGAGUGAGCAGGGCUAUGGAGGUGUGGGAACUGGUGAGAAAUAGUCUCUAAAUUGAGGAGAGCACAAUACAGAAGCUUGGAUAUCUUUGCUGCUAGUGCUUAGGAACCUUAAUUUCUUUACUUUUCUUUAUAAUUUUGCACAUUUUGUGUUGCAUGCACACAUACUACAUAUUGGCUUUGACCAGUAUAUGCUAUAGGCAGGUUACAGUAUUGGAGCAUGAAUAGCUAAUAACAGAAGAUAAAUUAGGUUAUUUCAGCAGUAUUUAUAAUUUCAUUCAGAAGUUAUAUGCAAAAUGACUUACAGGAAUACAGAUUUAUUUUAAGUACACAUCACAGUCAUUUGUCUAAAAAUUGCUGAAUACUUUGUCACCUAAAUCUUUAGCUAGUGAUUUGUGGCUGAAUUAUGCUGAAUUAUUUGUUAUCUGUUUAUAUUUAAAGUGACUCAGUCACCAAAAAUAAACUUCAUCCAGUCUACUUCUAUAUAGCUGUGUCUGAAUCUGAUCUUAUUUAUUUCCUGAGUGCUCUAGUUUUCAUAGUAUGAACUACUUUUCCUUAUACAUAGAGGUCAAGUUGACACAUUACCCCAAUUGCCCUCCUCCAUCUAACUAUGCACAUCAAUGGGGGACUCCUGUGACUCCAUCUCCUCAAGCUCUCUGCCCUGGAGUAAUUUUUAUUUUCUCUCACGUCCUACCCUUUCUUCUUACAUCCAGUCAGUCUCCAAAUUGCCAACAUUUACCUUUUUUUACAACCAAGGUACUUGUCCUUGCACUCAUCAUUCACUGACUUGACUACUGCAACUCACUAUUCAUUGGCUUAACAAAUACCACCAACUCUCAUCUUCAGGAUUUUUCAAGAGCUGCACUAUUCCUAUGGAAUUCCCUACCCCAUGCAAUCAGACUCUCCCCUAAUCUCAAAUGUUUUACAAAGUGGCUGAAAACACACAUUUUAGGAAAGCUUACCAUCUUCCUGUGUGCUCCUUCUUUCAAUAUCAAUUGCUUUGCCUCCAUCGCUCCGUUUACCCUCAUCCAGGACUGCCGCAUCCUAUAUGCCGAUUCGGGCCUAGGGCACUUCUUAAAGCGGGGCACUGGCAGCAGCUUUACUGCUGGUUUGGGCCACCCCCUCUAUGUGGGACACAUUCUGUAUUGCGUGACGGAGGUCAUGGCACCUGGGCUAGGGAGCAAACUAGCGCCCGGUGCCAUAAACCUCAGCAUGCAAAGAGCACUGAGAGAUGCUCCCCCUACAUACCUCAUAUCACGGCAGCCCAAGAUCACUCCCACCCCUUCCCCUGUACUCUGGGUCAAGUGGGCAGGAGGAUUGCGGCAGCAGAGCUAAGAUAGCGUGGAGGCAGCCAGGCCUGGACUGGGAUCCACGGAGAGCAAACAUGAAAUGAAGGCAAGUGGGAGACUUCAUGGUGUGUGUCAGCCUGUUCCAGUCAGUAUGUGUGUUAGAGGGUCAGUGUGUGUGUGUUUGUCUUUCUGGAUCAGUUUGUGUGUGUGUGUGUGUGUCUGGGUCAGUGUGUGUAUCUGCUUGGGUCUGUGUUUGUGUGCCUGGAUCAGUAUGUGUGUCUGCUUGAGUCUGGAUCAAUGUGUGUGUCUGCUUGGGUCAGUGUGUAUGUCUGCUUGGGUCAAUGUGUGUGUUUGCUUGGGUCAGUGUGUGUGUGUCAGUCUGCAUCAGUCAGUGUGUGUGUGUAUAUGCUUGGGCCAGCGUGUGUAUGUCAGUCUACAUAAGUCAGUGUAUGUCUGCUUGAGUGUGUGUGUCACUCUGCGUGAAUCAGUGAAUUUAUGCGUGCAUUGGUCACUGAUUGUGAUUGUGUGGACCAUUGAGUGUGAGUGAGUGAUUGAGUAUGAGCCUGUGUUUGUAUGUAAACAUGGCAUUGUAUCGAAGUCGGCUCUAGUGGAUGUCACUGUGACAGCUACUAGAGUCUCAUUUAACCCUUCAAGGUAAGGUAAUGAUUUAUCUUGUGGGGUUAAACCUACAGGACCACUGUGAAACAAAUGGGGUGGAUUUUUUUUUUUUUUUUACCUAGGGCGGCAAAACUCCUAGUGCCUAUCCUGCCCUCUCUACCUGUUCGGUCUUUCCACACACCAAUUUGACUAGCUUAUUUUAACAUAGGCAUCUUAUCCAUCAAUCUCCCCUCUGACAUGCUCUUAUUCUAUGUGUGGCUAUGUCUCUUCUUCAUAGUCUGAAACAUUGUUUGAACAGUGCUCUCUUGUCUGUCAAUAUUCUGUAUCUCAAUUACAUGUUGUCAGUUGUUAUUCUAUAAUUGUAAUGCGCUGCAGAAUAUGUUCAAGCUAAAUAAAUAACAAUAAUAACAAUCCUAUUGAGUCACACUGGGCAAGCAGCAGAUGCAUUGCUUGCCAAUGUCUGGCAUCAUUAUCUGACAUUCAGAAUGUUGGUUAUGGUGGAGUGUUGUUGGCAAAGUGGUUUUAUUACCUAUAUUUAACUGUCGUGAUAUGUUUCUGAAAAUGAUAAUGUUUUCUGCAUGUUUUAUUAUUGUAAUAAAGCAGGUAUGAGCCUUAAAAUGUGAGCGUUUCUAUCAGGCGAUAUUUUCUUUCUUUAUUACAAACCAUGUUUUGGUUUAUAGUGUGCAUUUAAACUGCUAUUGAAUCCAUCUCCAUCAGUACAAGUAGAAUUUACGAGUUUCUGCCUUGAGAACAAAUAUCAGUGGUGUUUUUAAUAAUGUUUCACAGAUACGCUUUAUUUGUUUUCUUCCUUCUAUGUAAAAACCUUUUUUUAUAUAUAAUUUCUGUUGUAACGUUUGCUCACAUUUUGUAUACGCAAGCAUAGAAAGCUGGGUCAGCCAAUUUAUGGCAGUCAACCUGCUGUCCCGCAGUAUUUACUCACUCUAUAAAUGAAAUUGGCAGCUCUGCCAGUCGUUUUGGUAAUAUAGAGCAACUUUAUCCCUUCUGCUUAGACAUAGAUAAAGUUUGGCAGUUCGUAUUAGAGUGUGGACUACAUCUCCCAUGAUGCUUUUGAUAGGCUUCUAUUAUGUAUGCCCCAUAGCUUUGUAGGAUCAGCGAGCACUUAUACAGCGAUUUUAAAAUUAUGUUCGGCAUCUUUGACAUUGUUCACUUAUACACAUCACAUUUCACCUUCCAUUCAUUUUAUAUUCCUGAAAGAUCUAUCUCAGCUUCCCUUUCUAAUGUAGAUAUUCAGAUCUUUCGAAAAUUGUUGCAAAACAAUAGUUAUGUAACAUUUACUCUUUGUAAAAGAUUUUUAUAUUUUACCACCCGGCAUUUUUAAUGGCUAAUGACGGAUACUUUUAUUUAUUUAAUUAUUUUUGGGGGGAGGGGGGUGGGGAGGGGGGGGUGUUUCUGAUGGGUAUCAGAGAAAUUCUAAGGGGCUUCAUUGUCUAAAUUGUUAAUUUUUUAAAGUGUGUUGAGAGCUUUGUUGCUUUGGUCUGUGAUAUUUUUCUAAACAUUGAACAUUCAGGGAGAGGUAAAUGAGCAACAAGGGGAGAUAUGUAUAUAUGGAACGAGUGUCCUUCCAAACAAGGGUCAGCUGAAUGGUAUAGAAAUCCAUUCAGCUUAAAUAUAUAGAAUUAUUGUCUUCAUCAGAACAAUUGUUAAUUUUGAAUGAAUAUUUAAAGGUCCACCUACACAGCUUUUUUCCUGCUCAUGAGAUUUUGGUUGCAGGGAAUGAUUUAUGAAUAUUCACGUUGAAUUCAGUACCGUUUUUGAGAUGAAGCAUGUCAUUUUGCCCCAAGGAACAACCAGUUGAUAUUAUGAAAGUUAUUUGAAUGACAGUCCCUGGGAACAGAUAUACAAUACUACAGAAAGGGUCCUUCUGAAGUUAACCCCCUCAGCUCCUUACAUGUCUUGUGAAGGUUGCUAUUGUAUACUUUUAACACAUUUACAGUAGACAAAGGAAGAGUAAUUACCACUUCAGCUGAGACCCCCACGAUCGAGGAAUGGCUCCGUAGAAUCGGAGACAUACAAAUGGCGGAGGCACUGCAGGCAUCCAUAACAGGUCGGGAGGCCAGGCACGCGGAGACAUGGCAGCCGUAGUUCGCAUAUAAGGCUAGAGGGUAAUGAGCACCUCGUGCGCGGCUCGGGGGCGGAGGGCCGGGAGGCGGAUCAUGACACCCUCCAUCAGCACUUCCGGAGAUGUGCUUCACCCCCAUACUUGGGGAACAUCUCCAAGGAUAGUGAAACCAACAUCAGACCAAUAACUCAAUCUCCCCACACACACAUCACGCAACUAGAGACACCUAACCCAACCAGGACACACCGUAUCUCGCAUAACCGUAGAACUCACAUGCCACGCAGGACGCACUAUUGGGACACGGGAGGGGGACCCUCAUACAACUACUACUCUAAUCUCCCUUUUCUUUCUCUACACACCAUUCUGAUUUCUCUUCCGAAAAAAGACCUGACACUGAAAUUACCACGCACACACUAACCUGAGGGAAACAGGAACUCACCUAUGCGAUGACAUACCCUAAACCUGGGAUCAAGGAAUCUAUGUUUAUCCGUACACAAUGCAAUGAACACUUGUUUCUAUAAAGACCCCAAAGUAUUCCUACAGAAACGGCCACUAGAUCCCACGAAUAACGGCAAAUUGAUAUUAAACAAUAUGUCAGAAUACUGUUGUUCUAUAUUAAUCUGUCUUUACUGAAGGCCUGCAAGCCUAACUUUUCUGUUAUCAUAUAUAUAUAUAUAUGUGUGUGUGUAUAUAUGUAUGUGUGUAUAUAUGUAUGUAUAUAUAUAAAAGGCAACAAUGUAAUCAAGCACUGCUCCACAGAAUGUUAUUUUGUAUUCAAAAAGAUUGACAUUGGAUUUGUAUUGUGUCUUUACAAAUGUUUUUCAUGAAGGCCUGCGAGCCUAACACUAAUGUUAACCUAUUCUCAAUAAAUAAAAAGAUUUAUUUAAAAAAAAUAAAAAAUAAUUACCACUUCAGCAUUGGGCCAUGGCACGUUACUUUCUGUAGUGACCAUCCAGACAUGUCAAGUGUCCUGAAGGCAAUUAUAUAUUUUGUAUGUUAUUUCCACAGUGUACUGUUUGUUUACCUUUUCACUAUUAUUAUUUUAUUAUUUAUAUAGCACCAUCAGAUUCCGUAGCGCUUAGCUCUUUUAUACCGUGUUUUACACGAGCAAUAAACAUUGUUUGUUGAGGUAAUGGAAAACUGAAUGUUUUCAUGUAUUUGCUUACUCAAUCACCCAUACCAUUGUCUGGCAAAAUUGAGAGAAGAAUUGUUACAUAUUACCAUAACAAGUGGUAGUCAGGAAUAUCGCCUGAGGAUUUUACAUCUACUCUUACUGCCUUUUCAUUUGUUUUUUUUAGCUGGGAAAAGAAAAUGGCUAAUACAUGUAUUUUAGAAUUCUUUUUGACUUUACAGAAUAGUUAAGGCUGCAUCGUUGUUACCGUUUAGCCUAAGCACAUUGUUGUGGUGGGGAGGGGAGUUUCCCAUUUUUAUUUUUAUUUUUAGGAUGCUGAGAAUUUUUAUGUUUUUCUCUGUAUUUGCGAUGACCUUUUUCGUGUAUUUACAGAACAUUUCCUUAAGGGUUCAAAACAAAAAAUUAUUGGCCUUCGUACCUGAGUUGGAUCACUGUAUUAUAAAUGCACACAUUUGCCAAAUGCUUUUAUUUAAUGAUGUGAAUAAUUGGUGUUAUAGCCAUGAAUUGCUUUGUGUUUAUUGAAGAGUUGUUUACUUUUGAAUAAGAGCAGUUACAUAAAAAUCAGCUAUUGUGUAUUGAUGGCUGUCUAAAGGUUAUACCUUUGAAUGACCCGUCAAGUGUUUAUUUAAAAGCAAUAAACCUUUGGUCUCUUUAUUUUGCCAUGUGUUUGUCUUUUCAUCUUUACAAGGACUGAUUAGAGCUGUGUAACAUGGAAAUACCAAUUUAACCAUUUCAUAGAAAGAUGUCAGAGAAAGUGGCGACUUUUAUACAAUGUGUCGGAGCAAACACAGAAUGCCUGACUAAUUCUCUUUAUUCACAUGAAUAGUCUCCUUUAUUAACAGUGGUUAAUUCACCCGUAGGACUUCUGUAAUGUGUUUAAAAAAACACAAAGGUACAAAACACACCCCAUAUGGUUGUCUUAAUGGUUUAGUAUUCUAUUUUUCGUAGGUUUUUAUUUUUUUUAAUUUUAUUUUUUAAAUCACAUUUUGUUCACAGUUACUGGAUUCUUCUAAAUCUUGUCCUAUGGGUGCCUUGAAGGUUAAUCCCUAAAGUCAAGUAGACAGAAGAUGAACUGCUGCACAUAUUCUAAGAUUAGGACCGAUUCCUCGUCUUCCCAGAAAUAAACGAUUCCUGCCAUGUUCAGUGAUUUUUGUGUAGCACUCCACACGGCUGAGCGAGUGCAUCAAUACUGUAGUCCUUACAUGCUGUACAUACUGAUGACACUCUCUGUUUAACUUGAUUGACUGAGCAGGAUACUGAAGCAGAUGCACCUGCAAGAGAUGUGCAGACGUGUAUUUAUAUAUAUAUAUGUAUUUCCAACACUUACCUCUUUUUAUUUGACUUGGAAAUCAUGGUGUGAUCCCUGUUGUGGGGAAUGUGAGGUAGUACAUUCUGUUACAGAUGCCUUUGUUGUUAUACGCUAUGAUAUAAAUGCAGUUAGGUGCAGUAUGUUGGGCUUUGCAAGUACAAGUUCUUUAUUUUGUCGAGUGUGUGUGUUUUUUUUUUAAUUAUUAUUUUGUUUAAUUUGUGCAGUGUCUAAGGAUAAGCAGCAUAUAAUUUGUGUAAAGCAGCCAUAAAUCAGAAUGGGUUAUGAAGCUCUUGAAUUGAAUGUGCUUCUGGCAUAGUGGUUGUUUUAACGUAGUGCUAGCUGGUUAACCUUAUACUGUAUUCUUUUUCUUUGUUUAGGCUUUGAGGCAGCAGCAGAAGAGGAGAAAUGGGGUCUCUAUGAUGGUAAACAAGACCGUCCCUCGUGUUGUCCUGACGCCUCUCAAGGUGUCUGACGAGCAGUCGGAUUCACCUUCAGGUAAUGAUCGAAAGGGCUAAGCAUUUUAAGAGAAAUCCUACAUACCGAUCCUUUUUUUGAUGGAGGACUGUGAAUUGUUGGGAGACCUGCAUAAGUCAGCCUCUUUCAGCAUCUCUCUGCCUUGUGCUGUAAUAUUAUCAUAUAUAUACAGUUACGUAAAGAUGUAUAUUUGUAAAUCGAAGCCUGCUGUUGUGUGUUAGAAUGCAGGGUGCAUGACAGGAUAAAACGGCUGCUGCAGAAAGAUAGGGGAAUCAAAUCAUUGUAGCCGUGCUUCAGAAAUCUAAUGGGGACCACAUGCUGGCGCUAAAUGCCUGCAAAUGUAGCUCAGUUACACAAUGUUAUUUAGUCACUUGCCUUGGAGUUCAAAACAGACUAAAUAUUUGUGCGUUGUUUUUUUUUUAGUAGCAAGAUAAUGUGUUGUAAUGAAGCAUUGCACUGACUUUAUUUAUGUUGUUUUGAAUUGCACUUAUGAUGUUAUAUACACAUUUCAUUAUAUGCAUAGAUUUCUUAAGAUACAGACAGAAUACAUGGCUGUAGAAAGCCAUUACUAGUAUUGUUAGUUUGGGCUUUAUUUUUGUUGUUUUGUUUUCCUGUUGUAGUUUGUCAUCUUGUUCUAAAAAAUGUAAAGUUGGAAAUCUGUCAGAUCAAGGUUCUUUAUGGUCUCUAUUAAAUGGAGGUUUUGGGGCUAGUUAUAAUUCUAGAAAGUUCAGCUGCAUCUUGUAUUUUCUUUUUUUUUUUUUUUAUGAACAGACAUUUGUCUAUAUAACUUCCAAAUGCUGUAUAGGACUUGGGGUUGUAUUUUGAAGCUUAUAGAACUCAUAUAAAGUGUUUAUUUUGUUGGACCUUCUUAACCCUUUAGGACCAACAGCAAGUCAUGAUAGUUAUGAUUAAAAAGACAAAGACAGCCCUAAAGUAAUAGUUAAUAGCUGUCUUUUUGGAAGGGUAGGAACACACCUUUUUUGAUUAAAAUAUAAUAAUAAUAAUGAAAUAUUCAGGGUUUGUUGUACUGGUGAUGUGUUGGAUAAGAUGGUAUCCAUUUUGGUAAAGGUGCUAUGUGUUUGUUCUUCGUUAAUAGGCUGAGCUUGAUCGACACAAGUCUUUUUUCAACCUACAUUACUACGUAACUAUUAACAGGAGUGUGCAAACGUGAUCCUCCAGGUGUUUUGGACUACAAUUCUAUUGGGUGCUAUUGAAUUCUGGGAGUUGUACCUCAGUCACAACUGGAGUGAAAAACAGUACUAGAGAACACCAUGUUUUAAUAUUUAAUCUCUGAAGUCUUUUAAACCCUUUAUACUUGUCUUUUGGUUUGCCUUUUUAAAGGGCAGCCUGCUUUUACCCCCUCUGGAUUGAAAAGGUUUCAGUAAUCUCACCCUAGCCUCCCUUUCGUUGUGAAUGGGUUAAAAAGUUACAUUUCAUUUACUGGUGUUAGUAUGUGAACUCAAAGGAAACAAAAAGGAAUACAUCAGAAAGAUGACACUCAUUAUUAUUGGAAUGCUUUGUUUUCAUAACAACACUUUUUAGGUACAUUGGCAGAUUUGACCUAAGCCCUAACCACAUGUCAGGAAGAUGCACCAUGCUAUCAUUGAUAACCACUGAUUGAGUUAACUCUGCUGUUGUACUUAUUGUGGGCGAUUUCAAGAGAAGGUACAUCCACUUUGGGGUUUCUCUUCAAAGCUCUGCAUUACCAAAGCUGUAUCUCUCUUAUCUAUUGUAGCGCUCAGCAAGUUAUUGAUUGCAUUCCUGUCUGAUUCAGCAUCCUCUUGUCUCUGUUGUCUCCAGUGUGUUGAUAGGAAAAAAGAAGAAAUGCGGCUGAAAAAAAGAACGUUCUUAUAUUUCUAAUAAUAGCAAAAGAUGAAGGAAACGUUUGCUAUAACUUAAGUGAAAAUAUUGAAAAACAAAACUGUGUGUAUUGCUAGAUGGGACAUGUUUGUUGGCAUUACAACCAUACACAUUAAAAUAUUAAACAUAUUUUUGUUUCUUUCUUAAAGGGUCUGAGUCCAAAAACGGGGAAGCAGAUAGUUCUGAUAAGGAAACUAAGCAAGGGCAAAAAUCACCCCCUGGAAAACACACAAGCCAACACUUGAAACGGCUAAAGAAAUCGGGUUUAGGUAAGUUUUUGUGUGGACUACCACAUUUCUGAGUUGUGAGUGGUCAUUCAGAGUCUUCCAAAAUGUUUCCUUUAAGACAAACCUGAAAGGGAGCUGGCUGGAUUGAUUUUACUUUGCUUUGAUAAGUAGACUUGGUUAUGCUUAAAUGGGCACUCAAACCACCAUAACCACCAUUGUGAUCUGUAAGGAUUUUGGUGCAUAAACACUCCAAGCAAACAAUGGUAAGAGUUUCAUAACCCAUUGACAAUUUAAAAUUGCUACAUUUUGAAAAAAAUUCAGACACGUGUAUUAUAAAAUAAAAUAUCAGAUAAAAUCUAAUAAAUUUCAGGAGUGGUUUUCCUUUAAAUUGGUGAUAUAUGGAGCAAAUAUUAAUAGCUUAUCAAAAACAAUAAUAAUUGAAUCCAAUGCAAAUUGUGCAAUAUUUCACCUAUGGUUUGUUACCAUGCAUUAAAAAAAAAAAAAAAAGAAAAGUAUCUGAAUUACAUUGAAAGCAAGUGUAACUUUGUAAUAUAAAUGUCUCUAUAUGGAUACAAUAGUCUCUUUCAGAAUGACACCAUGGUCUGUGAUAUGUUAGCUGUUACAGCUUUUCUCCAGUUAUGAUCGAACUGGAAUGAAUUAGCUGAAAUAAGCUGAGUUAAUAUAGUACAAAAUUAUAUAUAUUGGCAAAAUGUGCAGUGUAAUAUAUAAUUAUAUGUACUUGAUAUAAAGUGUAGUGAUAGCUAACAGAUCAUAGUUAGUGAUCUGUAGUUUAGUAGAUAAGUUCCGUAUUUUUCACAGUGAGUGAAGCAAAAUCCGAGGUGCUAUGUGCAUUAGAAUCCAUUUAUUGAAUCAAAUAAAAGAGAAAAAUGUGUGCACUUACAAUUAUUGCAAAGAGUCUAAGUGCUUAACUGGAGUCUGGGGAGUCCGGUGUUUGCAGCUUGUUCUUUUCGGUCCGCCGGCAGAUGAAUGGACCUGUUGAUAGCCGCAUGCGUGUCACCGAUCUCCUGUGUUCCAAGUGAAGCCCGGUCUUCUUUGCGAUAGGUGCCACAAAGUGAUAGAGUCCUUACGCGUUUCGUCAGUCUAAUGCUCACUUCAUCAGAGGAUAUUGAGCAAGGGGAGCCCACGGGUUUAAAUAGCCGAUUGCUACUUUAGUUUAUGUUAACCCUUUCAGGCUUGUGGUCAUACUUGCUCUAGUGAUUAAAAUUAUUUUGAUGGUGUACACAUACAUUCUUUUGAUAAAUUUAAUCUCUAAAGAAUAUAUUUCAUAAUCUAAAACAAAUACUUAUAAAACAAAAAUUCUAAGAAAUUAUUAUAGGAAAAAUUAACACAUUAUUAAAAGGUAUUUCAUAAGAAAAUGAACACAUCAUUAAAAAGUAUUACAUAAGAAAAUAACAUAUAUUGAAAAAUAAUAUCAUUAAAAACUAAUAAAUAAUAUAAUAUGAUGAUAUAACAACAUAUUAAAAAUAAUGUAGCAACAUAUUAAAAUUACCAUCCCAUUUGAGAGAUACAACUCAUAUAAUUAAAAUUCUAUCAGAUACCCAAUGGGAUAAAGAUUUUAUUUUAGUUACAGCGGAUGUCACAUCCCUCUAUACUGUCAUUGAACAUCUACAGGGAUGUGAGGCCAUCCAAUAUGCGCUGGCAACCUAUUCAGAACUAAAAAAUGAUCAAAUCGAAUACAUUGUCAAAUGUGUAGCCUUUAUACUCAGCCACAACUAUUUUUCGGGCAAUCAACGUUUUUACCUCCAGAUUGAGGGUACAGCCAUGGGGACCAGAUUUGCGCCAAGUUAUGCAAACUUAUUCAUGGGUAAAUGGGAAGACGAACAUAUAUGGUCCAAUAACCCAUAUGGCGCAAAUCUGGUCUCAUGGCAUCGCUACAUAGACGAUUGUAUUUUUAUUUGGAAAGGAGACACUGCAACACUUGAACAUUUUAAAGAAUACCUAAAUUUUAACCCUUAUAAUCUCAAAUUCACUUUUAAUCAAUCCACGGAAAAACUGGAAUUUUUGGACCUAGAAAUCUAUGUCAAGAACAACCAAUUAGAAACCAAAACUUUUAGGAAAGUAGUAGCAUGUAAUAGUUUUAUCCCUCACAACAGUUUUCAUAAAAAAAAGUUGGCUUAACAAUAUUCCAUUCAGCCAAUUUAGGAGAAUCAAAAGAAAUUGCUCAGAACCUAAUGUUUGUGAUGAACAAACUACAAAUAUGUUAUCACAAUUUCAAGCUAAAGGCUAUUCAACAAACAUACUCAAUGAAGCCUUAUCCAAAACGUCAAGCUUGACAAGAGAGCAAAUUUUGGCAACAAAAUCAAAAACUACUAACAUCAAUUUAGAAGCUCCAGCAUUUAUAACCAGAUAUAAUAAUCAUACACAGGAAUUCAAAAACAUUUUACAAAAAAAUUGGAGCAUACUAAAAGGUGAUCCCCAAUUAGAUCUAAUAUUAGAAAAUAAACCUAGGAUAAUAUACUCUAGAGCUCCAAAUCUAAGUCUACUACUAGCCCCUACCACCAGACAAGAAAAACCACAAGAAAAUACCACCAUCAUUCCAAAUAAAUCUUCAGGUUUUUGGAAAUGUGGAAGAUAUAAAGCUUGCAAAAAUAAUCCAAAUCAACCUACUAAAACAACACAAUUUGCUCAUCCCCAAACACAAGAUUUAUUUAAAAUUAAAUCACAACUAACAUGUAACACCACUGGUGUAAUUUAUCUGCUAAAAUGCCCCUGUGAGAAACUAUACAUAGGGCGCACUAAAAGAGCAUUUAAAACAAGAAUGGGAGAACACAUUAGGAAUAUUAGAAAUGGACUUCAUUCACAUAAUCUCUCAAAGCACUUUGAUGUUAAACAUACGAGAAAUCCUGGAGGCCUUACAUUUAUGGCAAUACAAAAAGUAAACAUCCCAUGGAGAGGAGGGGAUUUAAAUAAAGAAUUAGAUAAAGCAGAAGCAAGUUGGAUAUUCAAACUAGACACAUUAGAACCAAAAGGACUUAAUGUAGAUUUUGAGCUGCGAGCAUUUCUAUAGUAUUCUGUAAUACAUUUAUCUUUUUAUUUUUAUUCUUCAACAUGUUCUUAUCUUCUCACUUCAAUUAUUCAUAUUCAUACAAAUAUAUCAAUUUUCAAACAUCUCUAUUGUUCAUCCCCAUACUAUUGAUGAAAUUUUUUCUCCAUAUUAAAAGUCUUCAUCUCCAUUUGUACAUUGAUAUAUUGAAUAAAUAAUAUUUUUUUAAGGUAUCUAUAUUAUCAUUUUAAUAUGUUGCUACAUUAUUUUGAAUAUGUUGUUAUAUCAUCAUAUAUUAUUUAUUAUUUUUUAAUGAUAUUAUUAUUUUUCAAUAUAUGUUAUUUUCUUAUGUAAUACUUUUUAAUGAUGUGUUCAUUUUCUUAUGAAAUACCUUUUAAUAAUGUGUUAAUUUUUCCUAUAAUAAUUUCUUAGAAUUUUUGUUUUAUAAGUAUUUGUUUUAGAUUAUGAAAUAUAUUCUUUAGAGAUUAAAUUUAUCAAAAGAAUGUAUGUGUACACCAUCAAAAUAAUUUUAAUCACUAGAGCAAGUAUGACCACAAGCCUGAAAGGGUUAACAUAAACUAAAGUAGCAAUCGGCUAUUUAAACCCGUGGGCUCCCCUUGCUCAAUAUCCUCUGAUGAAGUGUGCAUUAGACUGACGAAACGCGUAAGGACUCUAUCACUUUGUGGCACCUAUCGCAAAGAAGACCGGGCUUCACUUGGAACACAGGAGAUCGGUGACACGCAUGCGGCUAUCAACAGGUCCAUUCAUCUGCCGGCGGACCGAAAAGAACAAGCUGCAAACACCGGACUCCCCAGACUCCAGUUAAGCACUUAGACUCUUUGCAAUAAUUGUAAGUGCACACAUUUUUCUCUUUUAUUUGAUUCAAUAAAUGGAUUCUAAUGCACAUAGCACCUCGGAUUUUGCUUCACUCACUGUGAAAAAUACGGAACUUAUCUACUAAACUACAGAUCACUAACUAUGAUCUGUUAGCUAUCACUACACUUUAUAUCAAGUACAUAUAAUUAUAUAUUACACUGCACAUUUGCCUAUAUAUAUAAUUUUGUACUAUAUUAACUCAGCUUAUUUCAGCUAAUUCAUUCCAGUUCGAUCAUAACUGGAGAAAAGCUGUAACAGCUAACAUAUCACAGACCAUGGUGUCAUUCUGAAAGAGACUAUUGUAUCCAUAUAGAGACAUUUCUAUUACAAAGUUACACUUGCUUUCUAUGUAAUUCAGAUACUUUUUUUUUUUUUUUUGAAUGCAUGGUAACAAACCAUAGGUGAAAUAUUGCACAAUUUGCAUUGGAUUCAAUUAUUAUUGUUUUUGAUAAGCUAUUAAUAUUUGCUCCAUAUAUCACCAAUUUAAAGGAAAACCACUCCUGAAAUUUAUUAGAUUUUAUCUGAUAUUUUAUUUUCUCAUUGCAUUUAAAGGGACUUCAUAGUGGAACCCUUUUUUCAGUUGAAGGGGUUUUUUCUUUAAGCCACAUUAUAUGCUGUUACAUUAAGGUUCAUAUUUGGACCUUAUUUUACCUUUUUCCUUUUACGUGUAUUAUAAAAACUAAAACAAUAAAAUAAAACCAUGCACUUUUUAAAGGAACAUUUAAUGGACCAUAACCACUACAACUCUUCUUCCCCCCUCCCCCCUUGUAAAUAGCUAAACUGUAGUAAAAUGGAUUGAUUUCUUACCUGAAGUCUGCCGGAGGCUGCUCUAUGCCUGCACUAUUUUUGCCAGCGAGCAAGCAGCUCCCACUCAAACUGUUCUAAAAUGGUUUAAGGGUAUGAGGAUUGGUAGUGCAUUGUUGUGAUUACCGUGUUUUAAUGCUUUACAUUUUAACCAGCUUACUUCCCUAGUAAAGUCUAUCUGUUUAAAAUAGCAUUGUCACUUUACAGAUUUGUUGGGUUUUUUUUUGGGGUGGGGGGGAGUGAGGUUUGUUAGUUUAUUUGUUUUGGGUGUGGAUGGGUUAAUCUUUUUUGUCCCUUUAUUUCCCCCAUUUUUUUCCCUAGUUCACCUUUUUCUUUUUAUGAAUAGAAAAGAUAAGGGGCCAUUUUUUCGUAUGGUGAGUGUGAUCUUUGGCAAUCGGAGAAAACUCUAUCACUGGCCGCCUGUCAUGAGUACAAUUUAAGAAUGAUUGUGCUAUCUAACACUUAUCACCUAUUGCUGCCGCUCAUCAGUGCUCAAGCACAUGCUUCCACGUUAGCCAAGCACCAGCUUAGGGGCAACACAACAGGCACUUGGGGAUGCCACAUCUGCGUUAAGCCAUUUGAAAAAGGUUUAACACUAGAAGGUAUGACGCCAAAGUAUCACAUUAAAGGGUACCUAUCAUGACAAAUGCAACUUAAACUGAAAUUAUAGAGAGUCAAAUCUCAUCUAUAACAAAUGUUGAGAUUUCUCUAAAAUCUGAGAUUUAAAAAACAGCAUUUUGCCUUUCCUAUUAUUCAGUUCAAUCUAUGCCAAUCGGCACAGAGAUAAGAAGGCUCGUGCUCUGCAUGUCUCUUACCAGGGAAACCCUCCUCAGGCCAUUUCUCCUGCUUGCCUUCAGACUAAGGGAAAGCAAUGCCUGCAAGAGGGAGGUGGGGCAGGCUCUUUGUAAUAGCUGCAGCAUCAGGGAGAGAAAGAGUCAAUGAUUUAUUGCAGGGGAGCAUUGGGCAGGCAGUCUGAGAAUGGAGAGAAGGAGAACAUGAGAUAACAUAUGUUUUAUUUACAUACUUACAAUCAACAUAAAGUGUUGGGGACUUUUUAACCUGUUAUGGGAAUCAAAUCUGUGCUUCCCAAACAUGGGUCUGCAGCAGAGGUUUGUGUAACAUCCACUGAAAACAUGAUAGAUGCUCUCAAGAGUAGACUGGGGGAUUGGAAACACUGGAAAUGUGAACUUUUUAUAGUAUAAAGGGAAGAAACACAUAAUUGUAUAACAUGAGUCAAGCUAGAUGGAUUGAAAGCUGCAAACAUGUAUCUGUCAUGGCAUGUUAACUUUAAAUAUUUAUCGAUAGGGAACUCUGCUAAAAUAAGCAAUUUCACUAUCCAAAUUAUACUAACUUCGACCCAAACAAAGCGAUUACAAGAUGGGGAAGAAAUCUAAGCACCAGGGAACCGUCAAACCAGCAAGGGUCCGCGAUAUCUGGGACCUUUUUCUCGGUCCCGCAAAGGCCACAGGAAUCCCUGCGCCAGAAGAAAAUGGCGGCACAACCUUGUCCUCCUCCAAACAACAAGCGUAGAAGAGUUCCCAAACACAGACAGAUUACACCACCGCUCAUCGGACAAGGAAAACGCAGGGCCUCACUACACGAUGCAUAGAGAUAGAAGCACAAACUGCAGAGCAACAACACACCCAGUCCUUGCUUACCAAUCGCUUGGACGCAAUGGAAGAUCAGCACAGGAGCUGGAAUGUCAAAGUAUGGGGUAUCCCGGAGACUGUGACCCUGGACGAACUGAAGCAAUAUACCAGGAGGCUUCUCACCUCACUACUCAUUGCCACAACAGGCGAAACAAGCCGUGAUCAACGGGGUGUAUCGCAUCCCGAGUGAUACCAGAGCCCCAGCAGACUCCCCAGGGGAUGUCCUACUACAGCUCCAAACAAGGUCAGCCCAACUAAACUUCAUGGCAGUAGUGCGAGGAAUAUCUACUCACUCCUUAGAAAAUGCCGCUCUGUCUUUUUACCAAGACUUUUCCAGGCCUACCUUGGUAUAGAGAAGCCUGUUCAGACUGCUGACCACCGUGCUCCGCCAAUACUCUAUCCUAUACCGCUGGGCAUUCCACAGGAGCCAGGUCAUCACGCAUGGUGGUGCAACAUCCCGCAUAACCGACACAUCGGAAAUAGACUCAGUGCUGACAGCACUAGGGCUGUCACCAAAUUUGGAACCGACUACCCACAUAACGAGACAAAAGCUCCCACACACCUGGGACGUGUCCAAAGUAAAACCGUUCCAGCCAGCCGGACCCACCACCCCACCCUCUACCGCAUUCAAAGCGCAAAAGGCUAACGGGCACCUGAGACUCUGAAGGGAAUGUAUAGAAUCUGGCGAAAGGACUGUUCAUUCAAUUUACCCCUGAGUUUGUUUUUAUUUGCUUUUGUUUUUAUUUGAUUUUACAUAGCUGAAAAGAGACUUGCGUCCAUCAAGAUCAGCCUUCCUCACAUGUUUUUAGUGUUGAUCCAAAAGAAGGCAAAAAAACUAGUCUGAAAGCGCUAUCAAAUUUGCAACAAACAAGGUAAAAAUUCCUUCUUUACCCCAAAAUAGCAGUCAGAUAUCUUCUUGGAUCAAGCAGCUAUUACCCCACUAACUAGAAAUUAUAUCCCUGUAUGUUAUGUUUUUGCAAAUAUUUAUCCAAUUGCAGUUUAAACAUCUGUAUGGACUCUAAUAAAACCACCUCUUCAGGCAGAGAAUUCCAUAUCCUUAUUGCAAUAAGGAUCUUCCAGCCUAAAUGCAUGACCUUGUGUCCUAUGUAUAGCCCUGUUCAUGAAUAUAUUUCCAGAUGGUUUGUACUGGCACCAGAUAUAGUUACAUAGCUGAAAAGAGACUUGCGUUCAGCCUUCCUCACAUUUGUUUUUUGCUGUUGAUCCAAAAGAAGGCAAAAAAAAACAGUCUGAAGCACUUCCAAUUUUGCAACAAGCUAGGAAAAAAAUUCCUUCCUGACCCCAGAAUGGUAGUCAGAUUUAUCAUUGGAUCAAGCAGGUAUUACCCUACAUUGAAAAAUUAUAUCCUUGAAUAUUCUGUUUUUGCAAGUAUGCAUCUGGUAUCAGUUUGAACAUCUGUAUGAACUCUGAUAAAACCACUUCUUCAGGCAGAGAAUUCCACAUCCUUAUUGUUCUUACAGUAAAAAAACAAAACCUUUCCUUUGCCUUAAAUGAAAUCUUCUUUCUUCCAGUCUAAACGCAUGACCUCGUGUCCUAUGUAAAGUCCGGUUUGUGAAUAGAUUUCCACAAAAAUGGUUUGUAUUGGACCCAAAUAUAUUUGUGUAAUGUUAUCAUAUUCCCUCUCAGGCAACGUUUUUCUAAACUAAAUAGGUUUAAAUUUGUUAAACUUUCUUCAUAGCUGAUAUGUUCCAUUUCUUUUAUUAAUUUGUAGCCCGCAUCUGCACUUUUUCUAGUGCCAUAAUAUCCUUCUUUAGAACAGGUGCCCAUAAUUGCACAGCAUAUUCAAUAUGUGGUCUUACCAGUGAUUUAUAAAGAGGCAAAAUGAUAUUCUCAUCCCGAGAAUGAAUGCCCCUUUUUCAUGCAUGACAAUACCUUACUGGCCCUAGCCACUGCUGAUUGACAUUGCACAUUGUUGCAUAGUUUGUUGUCUUUGUCAAUUCCCAAGUCCUUUCCGUGUGUUGUUAUCCCUAAUUCGCUUCCAUUAAGGGUAUAUGUUGCUUGUGCAUUAUUUAUGCCGAAGUGCAUAACUUUGCAUUUUUCAACAUUAAAUUUCAUCUGCCAUUUGAGUGCCCAUUCCCCCAGUCUAUCUAAAUCCCUCUGCAGCAAAGUAAUAUAUUUUUACAAUGUUACCAUGUCCCCUCUUCGUAACUAAAAUGCUCCAUUCCUUUUAUCAAUUUUGUUGCUCGUCUCUGCACUUUUUCUAGUGCCUUGAUAUCCUUCUUUAGAACAGGUGCCCAAAAUUGCACAGCAUAUUCAAGGUGUGCUCUUACCAGCGAUUUAUAAAGAGGCAAAAUUAUAUUUUCAUUUUGUGUUUGUUUGUCUCCUGCCUACUUAAGUUUAAACUAUUCUCACACUGGGUUCCAGACAAACCCACCGGCGUAUGACACACAUAGCCAAUGUCUACUCUCACAUAUCUGACCGCGCGCACAACCACCCCGCGAGGAACGUAGGAAGGAGAGAGGCGCUAUUCCUCCUUAGACGGGGGACUUCACCCUUUUUUUGCAUAAUUUCAAAACAGGAAUGGGCAUAGCAUAUAUAUUACUUAUAUUAUCUUUGACUCUGAUUGUAAAAUGGAAACUACUGAAACUGUAUGAGCCUUAUGCCUUAUAAAAAUAUAUAUAUAUUUAUUGACAAGGAGUAACAAUUUACAUAUUUAUGCAGGAGUGUGAAAAAUUAUUAUUAUUUUUUUAAUACUUGUUCAAAGGGCUAAUGUAGUAACCCAAUCUACUUGUCUGUUACGGCAAUCUACUUGUCCUGACGAAAAAAUUAUUAAAAUUAGAAAGUGGCAGUGCUUAUACCUGGACAUCUGCAGGGUUAUUUACUAAACUCUGAAUUUUCCAAAAUUAAAUCUGAAUGGAGAAAAAUUGCUGAUUUGGAGAACUAUCUCCAACUCCGUUAUAGUCACAACUAGCUACUUCUCCAUUAUGUUUGCCAUUCUGAUUUAAUUUGCAAAAAAAAUGGCGUUUAGUGUCUCGUCCCCUCCCCUAGUGUGUGUGUGUGUGUGUGUGUGUUGACUACGUGUAUUGAGUGUGUGGUGUAUGCUGGCUGUAUGUAAUGUAUGUAGUACAUGUUGUCUUCAUCUGUGGAAUUGCAUUGUACAUUUAAGUUGUUGGAAAUGUGGAAGGAGCCCUUUUUGAUACAAACAAAUUGAAAAAGGAAGGGGUAAAAAACAAAAACGUAUUCUUUAUAUUUUCUCACUGGUGUAUAAAACAUCAUGUGGUGCUUAUUUUAGGUUUGAUUUAUUUAUUUUUACUUUCUAUUGUGUAACGUAUGUAGCUUGCUGGCAGUGUGUAGUCCCCUAUUUUUGUCACUCCUGCAGUUGAGGGUGCAAGGUGGCAAUGCAAGGCUUCUAUUGUUGGAAUAACAUUUUGGUUAACUAUUCUUUGGUUUUAAUGGUGUAAAACCAGUCCAUGUGAAAAUUGUACAACAAGUUGUUGAAAUGAGUGUAUUGUUGGCGUCAUUGGCAUAUAAAAUUGUAAAUCUGUAUUAUGUUCUGUGAAGGCAAAAUUAUAUCCUCUCUUGUCCACUAAACAUCUAAGAGGUCUGCUGUCAGGGCUGUGAGUGUAAGGUCUGUACCUCCGGUGGGUUCAGACCUUAUUAAUAGUUUCUUGCAGUUCCGACGCUCAGUGACUCAAAGUUCAUGCUGGGAAUCCUGACAGAUGCUCUCGGACUCACUAGGGUGUGCCAGACCACGAUGAAGUAUUUACUGUGAUCUAACCCAACAGAGGUACAAACCUCACACUUGCAUCCUAGCUUUGUCCUACCUGUAGAAGCCCUUCCACUUGCCAGCAACAGGGCUAAAGUAAAAAGAAAAGCGCACACACAAAAAACCCUGGAUGUUCCGACUGUAGGAUGAUACAACUUCUAGAUCCCUGUUAAUGAAUUUUUGAAUUAGGUUGAUGAAAGUGGUGUCUGCUUAAUGAACACUCCUUUACCUAUCAAUAACUGUUGUGUGCUGAUGUGAAUGAAAGACUAUUAGAUUUCAUAAUCUUUCUACCAUGCACAUACUGAGUGUGAGGAUAGUUAUGAGGAAAGACACCAGUGAAAAGGGCACAUAUAUGUGGGUGAUAUAGGUUGAUUAGAAAAUUGAUGUGGUUGAGCUAGAUUAAAAAGGACGUGAAGAUGUGGCAGAGGUCGAAUGGGUGAGGGCAUGGAGAGUCCUAAAAUGUAUUAUGGGGUUACUGGUAGACAGAAGAGAAGGAUGAUGGGAAAGACAUGAAUGGAGGGUUGAUGAAGAAUAAGACAGGUUGGUUAGGUAAAGACAACAGAGGUAGGAGAUGAAAAACUUACUGUCUGUAGAAAACAGACACAGGUAUUGAGAGGUCUGAUGGUUUUCAAAGAAAAAAAUGCAUUAAAAAUUAAACAAACACGCAACACACAGCUUUUACACAAACGCUUACACUUUGCUUAGAUGCCCCUGUGUGUGUCUGUGUGUGCUUCUAAGCAAAGUUUAUAUAUAGACACACACACAUUCCCUACACAAACAUACCCCUGCAUUUACUGACACAGCAGCAUUCCGCACAAAUACACUUUUGCAUUCACACAUCUGUUCUUCUCAUUACUAGAACACUACAUUCACACAUGUACACUGCAUUCAGAAUAAUAUAUGAUUUAUUUUUUACUCUCUGGCACUACAUAAAGCAGACUUAGAUACAUACACACAAACAUUAUACGCAAAUAUAUCCCUACUUUGACACACAAACUGCUAAAUCAAUUGUGUAUUUGUAUGCAAUUUCAGAUUAACAUUUUUUGCAGUAGAACAUGUACCCCCUCCAUUAACUCACAUUUUGACUGUGGUCAAAUGAAUUCCUGUAUUCACACACUGACACUCUGCACAAAUAUGUGUAUGCAUUCAUGCUGGCAUGUUAUGCAAAAAUAAGCACAUGCAUGCUUAACACUAUGUAAAAAGUGUGGUUAACAUUUACACCGUCUACAUUUAUUUGUUUUCCAAGGACCCAGGACCUAAUAUGUUGUCGGUCCGUCCUUGUUUUCACAUUAUUAAAGCAACCCCUUCGACAGACAAUGCCUUCCUGACAUUGAUGCAAAGUUCUUAUUGUGCAUAGUAUGACACUUUUUGGUUCCUGCAGCACCAGCCACCAUGCCCUCAGGAUGCUAUGUGCAGGAACUACAAUAUAAUGUGUUAGUCUUAAAAAUAUAUUUUAAACUUGCUAAGUAACUAACUUUCCUGGAGACUUUUGAAUUUUAUUAAGAAAAGGGUCGUCGAUAGGGCUCAUCUGUAAUGGCUAUAAACUGACUGCUUACAGUUCGCAAUGUCUGCUUGCCUUAGUGUUCUAUUAUUUUAUCCCUUCAGUAAGAACAAUGGUUCAGUUUAAAGCAUUUCCCUUGUGAAGUGUGUUUUAUUAUUGGCAAAUAAGCAAGAACAGAUUUUAUAUCAUUUUCCCCCUGAAUUCAUCAUUUAGAACAAUUGCAUUGUGUAGGUUUUCCUUGUUGGGAAUAGAGGUGAGGUUUCAUUUUCCACAACAUGUAAUCUGUCAGAUUGCAACCACAGUUUAAGAGAAAAACAUUGUAUCUGUUUAUCUGCUAAAACUUGAAAUGGUUUAUCAUGUUUUUUUGUUCUUGGGUAUGGUCAUUAUAUGUUCUUGUCUCUUGGGUAUGGUCAUUAUAUGUAGAAUAGAUACUGUUUAAUAAAUAAAAUGGAGUGUGUUCUGCUAGUUACAUAUGCUAAAGUGUGUAUUUUAAUCUGAUUAUGGAUUUUGCAUCUGUUAUCAAGACCAUGAGAUGAUCUGCUAAUGAGAAACCAAAUAUCCUUCUAUAGGUAUCAUUAAUGAACAGAUUAUUCUCCAAGUGCUGCACAUGUUUAUUAUCAUAUUAAUGCUUCCCUGUUGAUAUUAAAGUAUGAUUACAGGUUGCAUAGUGUUAUUUCUAGCUAUUGUAUUGGAUUAGGUCUAUAAUCAAAUUGUGAUAUAAAAAGUUCAAGUUUCAGUCUAAACAAAGGCAAUUUCUACUCUUUUGCAAAAUGCUUUGCGAUUAUAAGAUUAUUAGCUUGUCAGUAAGUAUUGUAGGACAGGUGUUUUCUGUGUGACGCCUUUCUGAGUAGAUUCACACGCAUUCCUGUUCCACAAGUUGUAUAUGUCCCAAAUUUCUGAUGUAGUUUGUUUCUCAUGUAGUGGUAGAUCCACCGUGCUUGGCUAGGUGAAACAGAACAAGCUUUUGAAUGUGUCCGUGUGAAAAUGAUAAUGUUUGUAAACAGCUUGUGUGUUGUGUUUUAUGGCUGCUUAUUUUAAUUCACAUAGUGUCUACCCAUAGCGUCUUUUGUAAAUAAACCAUUUACUCAGUGUUUUAAUAAUAUUACAAAAUUUCUACGUUGUAACCAAUAGACUGUUUCACACAUUCAUCAGGCUGGUCAUUUUGUAUACAAGUUAAUAUAUUGUGAGACGUUUUGUUUGUUUGUUUUUUUUAAAUCUAGCUUUCCCAUAACACUUAUUUGUGGCUGAAACGUUCUUUCAUUCAUGUAUAAAUCAGAAUCAAGAAGUUUCCGCUAAAAUAAAUAAAUAAAUGUUUGUUAACCUUGGGAUUAAUAUGCUGCAGACUAUUGUUUUAAUUUCACUUUGUCUAUUAAUAUUUCUAUUUAAAGAAUAUGAUCUAAAUAUUUUGUAAUUUGUAUAGUUAUUCUACAGCUAUGUGCACUUAAGUUGUGUUUACCUUUAACAAAAAUUUUAAAUGGCAAGUAAAAUUGCAAUUUACCCCAAAAUUGAUUUCACUUUUUCAAGUUCUUUGUGUCACGUGCUUCCUCCAGAUUUUCAUGUUUGAUAAUGAAGCCAUGAAAAAAAUAGUUGAGGCGCACUCAGACUACAAAAAAAUACAACACAAAAAGGCUUCUAAAUUGCCUAUCUAAGCAUAAAUACCAACCAGUGUUGGUGGGUCCUACGCUAAAUUGUGGGGGACAAAUUAAAUAGUACUAGUGUUAAAAAUAAAGUGUAUUAUUAAAUCCUUGUAAGAGCAAAGUGAGUAUACAAAAAUAGUGAUGAAAGCAAUUAAAAACAGUGUUAAAACUAAACAAUUAAAGUGUUAGUGCUAGAAUGAAUAUACUCACUAUUGCAGACGAUAUCUGUGUUGAAUGGAGAAAAUAAUAAGAGUGACUUGACUAUUGAAAACUCCUCCUAUAUAUACACACACCUGUGGCCACCUCUAAAGGGGCCUAUGAAGCUGGGGGGGGCCUGGGCAGGGUGCUUAACCCCAAAAGGAAUCUGGUCUGAAUUCCAAAUAUACAGUGUACAGAGAAAGGAUUGGACACCCAAGACCUGCAUUUUGCAUGAAAGGUGCUGCCGCAGUGACCAAACAUCAUACAUAAAAAAAAAAAAGAGGCAGCACCUUUCAUGCAAAAUGCAGGUCUUGGGUGUGCCCCCAAUCCUUUCUCUGUACACUGUAUAUUUGGAAUUCAGACCAGAUUCCUUUUGGGGUUAAGGAAUCUGUCAAAGAGUGUGUGUAUUUGGAUGUGUGUCUGUCAAAGAAUAUGUGUGUUUGGAUGUGUGUCUGUCAAAGAGUAUGUGUGUUUGUCAGUGAGAGUAUAUGUUUAUCUGUCAAAGAUUAUAUGUGUGUAUGUGCCAGUGUGUAUUUGUGUGUCAAGGUGUGUAUCUUUGUGUUUAUGUGUAUAUGAAUGUGUGUGUAUGUGUCAAUGUUUUUAUGCGUUUGUGUGUUAAUUUGUUUGUGUAUGUAUGUACGUGGCAUACAUCUCAGCAAACAAACACGUAUAUGUACAUACAUCCCAGCAAUCAAACACCAUCACAACAUGCAAACACAAACAUAACAUACAAAAAACCCUGGAUUCAAAUUUAUAUACAAGCAUUCAAACACACCUUUCACUCAAACACUAAUACUACACACAAAUGUACACGCACAUUUAAAAGCUAACACUACAUCCAAACACACGCCUGCACGCAAAUGCAAACAUUACAUACAAACACAUCCCUGCACGCAAAUGCAAACAUUACAUACAAACACACACCUGUAUCAAAACGCUAACAUAUAUACAAACACCAACUGUACACACAAAAGCACACCUGCUCCUAAGUACUACUAUCUGUUUACUAUCUAUGCUACGGCGCCAAACGUUUUUUGGGGUUCCACGUUGUUAGAGUAUUAUGUGAAAGGGUACUAUGGGAAAAAUUAUUCGGGAACCCCUGGUAUAGAUCCUAUCUCUGAAGUUCCACUGCUCAAUUCACUGCCAUUUAGGAGUGAAAUCACUUUUGUUUCUGUUUAUGCAGCACCAGCCACACCUCCACUGGUUGUGACUGACACAGCCCACAGGUAAACAAAAAUGUUUUAAUUUCAAUCAGAUGUAACUUGCUUUAAAAGUUUUUCUUUUAUCUCCUUCUCUGUAAAUUGAACUUUAAUCACACACUGUAAGCUCCUGCAGGGUCUAGCAAGCUACUAACAGAGCAGGAGAUAAGAAAUGUUGAAUUAACCCCUUCAGGACCGAGGACGGUUCAGGACCGUCAUCGGCAUUUUUCCAUUGCCGACCGGUGACGGUCCUGAACCGUCCUAACAGUCCAAUGUACUUACCCGAUCGCCGUCGUUCCCCCGGCGAUGAUCAGUAUUGCUCCUGUUGUGGGGAGACUGCCUGCAGCCCAGACAGUCUCCCCAUGGCGAAUUAGGACCCCUGUGGCCAUGUGAUCGCUCAACAGAGCGAUCUCAUGGUCACAAUAGGUGUCCAUGUGUCUGCCUGCAGGGGGAUUGCCUGUGCUGACAGGCAGUCUCCCUGCAUGUGUAAAAUCAUAAAAAAUAAAAAACCUGUUAAUGUUAAUAAAAAAAUAAUAAUUAUGUGUAUAUAAAUGAUAUAGACAUAUAUUAUUGUAUAAUAUGUCUAUAUAUCAUAUAUAUAAUGUCAUACUAAGUGUAUUUUUAGAUUAAUAUGUACAUAUAUUAAUAUAAAAAUACUUAUAAUUAAAUUACACACGUAUGUAUAUAAUUAUAUAUAUUGCAUAUAAAUAUUAUAAAAUACAAAUAAUAAGUAAUUUAAAUUAAAUAAAAACAUGUAAAAAUAAUAAAAAUUUAAAAAAUAUAUAUAUGUAAUAUAUAUAUUUAUAUCAAAAUACACUUAGAAUGAAAUUGUAUAUAUAUGUAUAUAUAAAUAAAUAAAAAUACGAAAUAUGCAAAUGUCCAUAUACAAAAUUACAUAAAUAAUUAUAUAAAUAUACACGUAGACUUCAAAUAUAUAAAUAUGCAUAUAUAUUUAAAUUCUACAUGCGUAUUUCUGUAAUAUUUUUACAUAAUUAAGUAAUUUUAUUGAUUGCAAUUUGAGGGACCUGCCUGCCAACCCAGGUCGAAAGUCCAGAGAAUUUAAUUUGCUAGCACUAUAUUUUACCCUAAAACCUGUACAUGAGGGGUACUGUUUUACUCGGGAGACUUCGCUGAACACAAAUAUUAGUGAUUCAAAACAGUAAAACAUAUCACAGCGAUGAUAUUGUCAGUGAAAGUAACUUUUUUUUGCAUUUUUCACACACAAACAGCACUUUUACUGAUUGUUGUGAUACGUUUUCCUGUUUUGAAACACUAAUAUUUGUGUUCAGCAAAGUCUCCCGAGUAUAACAGUACCCCCCAUGUACAGAUUUUAUAGCGUUUUUGAAAGUUACAGGGUCAAAUAUAUGGGUCAAAUAUUUUUACAUUGAAAAUGGCCAGGUUGGUUACGUUGCCUUUGAGAGCGUAUGGUAGCCCAGGAAUGAGAAUUACCCUCAUGAUGGCAUACCAUUUGCAAAAGAAGACAACCCAAGGUAUUGCAAAUGGGGUAUGUCAGUCUUUUUUAGUAACCACUUGGUCACAAACACUGGCCAAAAUUAGCGUUCAAUUUAGUUUUUUUACUUUUUUCACACACAAACAAAUAUGAAUGCUUACUUUGGCCAGUGUUUUUGACUAAGUGGCUACUAAAAAAGACUGGACAUACCCCAUAUUGAAUACCCUGGGUUGUCUACUUUAAAAAAAAUAUGUACAUGUGGGGUGUUAUUCAGAGAUUUAUGACAGAUAAUAGUGUUACAAUGUCACUAUUGAUAAAUUUUAAAAAUGUAUGUUUUGAAACCGCAAUAUCCUACUUGUACCUAUAGCCCUAUAACUUGCAAAAAAUCAUGUAAACACUGGGUAUUUUUAAACUCAGGACAAAAUUUUAAUCUAUUUAGCAGUUUUUUUCAUUUGUAGAUGAGUAAAAGAUUUUUCAAGUAAAAGUAAAAAAACAUGUAUUUUUUUCAAUUUUUCAUCAUAUUUUUAUUUUAUUUUAUUUUUUAUUAAAUUACAUGAGAUUAUAUAAAUAAUGGUAUGUAAAGAAAGUCCCUUUUGUCCUGAAAAAAAACAAUAUAUAAUUUGUAUGGGAACAGUAAAUGAGAGCGGAAAAUUACAGCUAAACACAAACACCACAAAAGUGUAAAAAGAGGCUUGGUCGCAAAUGUACAACAUCGCAAAAACAGUCCAGUCCUUAAGGGGUUAAACAGCAUUUGCAAUAAAGGGUGUAUAAACAUUAGAUGAGUCUUUACAGGAAGUGUUUAAGAAGGCUGUACAAGUCACAUGCAGGGAGGUGUGAAUAAGACUGCAUAAACAAAGUGAUUUUACUCUUAAAUGGCAAAUAAUUGAGUAGGGGCAUGGUCUAUUCACCAAUACUGCUUAAUUAAGCUACAUUUGUUUUGGUGACUAUAGUGUUAAUUUAAAAAAUUCUAUAUUCUUUUAGCAUAUAUUUGAGAUGUAACAUUUAAGUAACACAGCUGCUCACAUAGUGCCGUGGGCUUGAGCUCCACGCUAUGUGAAACUUCAGGAAAGCAGGACAUUUAAUAUAUACAUUUACUGGCAGUUCUGCUAGCAUAAUCUAUGCAUUAAAUUUUAAAGCUUACAAGAAGCUGAUCUUGUCAUUGAAACAGUUGGUGGAUGACAGGGCCACUAUGGAUGACAGAGUACACUGUUUUCUCGUCAGACAUAACACAAAAAUUAUUAGAAUUUUCUGUGCAUGUGUGUAUGCAUUUGUUUAGAGAGAGAAAGCGUUUGAUAUACUGAAAAGAACUUCUUCAUAAAUAUUGGUAUGUAAAUAAACCUAGAUUUAUUAUAAGUAUAUGUGUAAUGUUUAUCGUAAUGCAGUAUUUAUAUAUAUAUAUAUAUAUAUAUAUAUAUAUAUAUAUAUAUGUAUAUAUAUAUAUAUAUAUAUGUAUAUAUAUAUAUAUCUGUGUUCUUUGUAGAAUUACAAGAUUGUUACUGUGAUUGAGAAUGUUUUUUUUAUUUUUGUUUUGGGUGUUUUUCUUUCGGUAGAGAGAUAUAAAACGCUGCUGCAAAUUAAAAUGAAUGGCUGUUAAUUUGCUUUUGCUAUGGUUUAAUUUUUGCUUUCGAGUGUACACCGUUUCUACAAAUAAAAACACUGAUAAUGCUUCUAACAAUGUGAAACAGUGACAUAAAUGUUGAUCUUAUUUACUGUAUUCUAGGGCAUUUGAAAUGGACCAAAGCAGAAGAUAUUGACAUUGAAACUCCAGGAUCAAUUUUAGUAAACACUAAUCUGAGGGCUUUAAUCAACAAGCAUACAUUUGCCUCUUUACCACAACAUUUUCAGCAGUACCUUCUCCUGUUACUCCCAGAAGUAGAUAGGCAGGUAAGUAGUCUCAACAAUGCUCUCGCUUGCAUUCACAUUUUUCUUUCCUUUCAUCAUGCAAUAAUUUAAUAAAGUUCAUAUAUAGAGAAUAGGAGUAAUGUAAACAAAAAACGGAAUCUGAUGACAGAUUAAUGGCAGGGAGUUCUAAAGAGAGUAAAAAAAGAAAGCUAAAUCAGGAAGGUAUUAAAUUCAGAGAUGGUAGGGUAGAAAGUCCAAGAGUGGAAAGAGAAAAAGGAAAGAUAGAGAAGCAUGACGAAGGUAAGGGACUGUAGUAGUGCGAGAAGACCAAAAGUCCUUUGACGAUUGAAACAUAGAAUGUGAUGGCAGAUAAGACCCAUUCGGCCCAUCUAGUCUGCCCAAUUUUCUAAAAAUUUCAUUAGUCCCUAGCCUUAUCUUGAGUCUAGGAUAGCCUUAUGCCUAUCCCACGCAUGCUUAAAGAUGCAAGAAGUCUCUUGAUCCCUGCUACUUGGUGUGUGACACCCACUCUCGAAGGCUGUGGUGAUAUCGCUGCAGUUAUUCUGCAGCAGGAAAUUGCGCACCAGAAGCCAUUAGCAUGUGCAUUAACAUGAAGCAGAAGAUAUGUCAGCUGUACAAUACAUACCCUACUCAUAUAAAAGGCGAAUGUUAAAAUGUACCAUCUCCCUAAUUUCAUGAACUAAGGGUAAUCCCACCAUUUCUGGAGCUUUGUGUCCAUAGAAAGAUAUUUGAUUGGAAAACUGAAAUAGAACAUUGAGCUUUAGGCUUACUGCUAUGCAUCUAGAGUAGGUGACUUAUUUUUAUGUAUUUUAUGACAACUAGACCGUUCGGUGAAAAAUAAAGAAAUUCAGAAAAAGGGAGCUUUGUAGAAGCAGAUUAGAUAACCAUUUUUUUUUUAUGACAGAACUGCUUUAAAAAUACAAAAGUUUGGAGUUCUACAACAAAUGUACUAGAAAACGGCAUACUUACUCAUAGAUACUAUCUGCUCAUGCUGCGUGAACCAAAUAAAACGAGCAAGAUUCUAAACAAACCUCAAUAAACCUGUUCCGAGUUGAGGGACUCUUGACUUCAUGCCACCGUUUUAUGCCACAGGUAGAUUAAUAAAAUUGGGCUGUGGACCCCUUGUAACAAGAGCAGCAUCAAUAAACCAUCAUUUAAGGUGAACAAACACUCUUUAAAAGAAUGAAUCCGUGUAUGCAAAAAAUUAGAGAAUCAUACUAAUAAUAAAUGAAGGUUAAUAAAUGAAGGUUAAUAAUGUGUAUGGGACAUUUUAAAACUGUAUGAAUUUCACUGUUCUGCUCAGUUGCAAUGUUACCGCUGCUGCAUUAAGAGAAGAUUUCUUAAUAAUGCACUGUAGCAAUGUAGAAGGGGUGUUAUUUUUCAUGUAAACCUCAAUCCACUUUAAUCCACAAAGUCUUUAUUACCAGUAAGCAAUUAUAGAUUGUCCCAUACGAAGCUUCGGGAAAAUAUCAAAUCACAUUCAAUGAUCAUAUUAUAGGAACACUAUAGUGUCAGGAAUGCAAACAUGUAUUCCUAACUUUAUUUUGCUGGACUUUGUUUAGGUGACCACCCACCCUCUCUGUGGAGUUCAAAUAUGAGUUUAUUCACCGUUUCUACCUCACCACAGCUGACCCUGCCCUCAUGGCUGAGUUGAGAAAUUCUGAAUUAAACCGCAUUUGCAAUAAAUGUAUUUAUAAAUAUUAGAUACGUCUUUACAGGAAGUGUUUAAGAAGGCUGUACAUGUCACAUGUAGGGAGGUUUGAAUGAAACUGCAUAAACAAAGUGAUUUUACUCCUAAAUGGCAGAGAAUUGAGCAGGGGCAUGAUCUAUUCACCAAUACUGCUUAAUUUAGUUAAAUUUGUUUUGGUGACUGUAGUGUAAUUUUAUUUAAAACAUUCUAUAUUCUGUUAGCAUAGAUAUGAGAUGUAACAUGUAAGUAACACAGCUGUUCAGUCUUGAUGAUCUCAGCCAACCCAGUGCUUUCCUAUAGGAAAGCACUGGGAGGCUAUUGUGCAUGCAAUAGGAUCGCUCAGCCAAUUAAUUACCUGUAGGAUCAACAUCUGUCUUUUGCAGCUCUUUUUUUAAACCUGCCUACAGAAGAGGCAGGGCAAACCAUUGUAAAACUGUUUGCCCCAGUACCAGGACUGCAAGCUGUAGUGCUUUAACACUUUUAUUUUUCAGUUAUUAAUUUUUUUUUCUUUUUCUUUGAACUGUUUUCUAGAUGGGAAGUGAUGGAGCUUUACGUCUUAGUAAUUCUGCUCUGAAUAAUGAGUUCUUUGCAUAUGCAGCUCAAGGUUGGAAACAGCGACUAUCUGAAGGUGAUAAAGAGCUACCAUUUUUCUGUAAUUACAUUUAUUUUAUCUGAUUAUGGACUCAUGUCAGUAUGUGAAUUACAAUAGGGAAGUUUGGUGAUUUUAUGUGUGGGUUGCUGCACAAUAUGUAAGUAUUGUCAGGCAAGUAAUUGGACAUUAACUUCUGUGCAAUCAUUUAAAAUUAAUCUGUCAAACUUGCUCUUAAAGGACAACUAUAGGCACCCAGACCACUUUAGCUCAAUUAAGUGGUCUGGGUGCCAGGUCCAUCUAGGGUUAACCCUGCCUGAUGUAAACAUAGCAGUUUCAGAGAAUGCUUUCCUAUGGACUGACUGAAUGCGCGUGCGGCUCUUGCCACGCAUGCACAUUCAGCCGGUGAUGUCAGAAGAGGGAGGAGAGUCCCCAACUCUCUCGGCGCUGGAGAAAGGUAAGCCUUUAACCCCUUCCUCCCCCUAGAGCCAGACAGGAGGGGGACCAUGAGGGUGGGGGGGGGACCCAAAGACCCUAUAGAGCAAGGAAAACGAGUUUGUUUUCCUGGCACUAUAGUGGUCCUUUAAGACCUAUUAUCUGCUAGCUGUGUACGGUUGUGUUGGCAAACCGCUGGAGGCUAUUAAGGCACCCCGUAUACCUUCCAUACAUGCCAUCAGUUGGAUCUUUGCUCCUUGCAAAAUUAAUAUUAGUGCUUGCACAUACAUUUCAAUGCCUGUGUUUUCCACAGUUUUUUGGGUGCUAUGUAGGUUUGGAAGUUGUUUGUUUAACUUAAAGUAAGGUCUUUCUCAUGUGUUUCAAGUUUUAUUAUUUUUACGCGUGGGAAUACUUAUUUAAACUUGAGUUUGAUUUUAUUGUAUAUUCUUUAUUGACCUGCAAAAGUAAGAAUUAAAAAUUAAAAAAAUGUAAAUUAGCCAUUACAUCAAUAACAAAUCAGUUGAGGAAAACUGGAGCUGUUUCAUCAUGAAAGGUUAAUGUAAAAAAAUGACUGCCUUUAAAACAUAAUUUGUAACCCAGUUUAAGCAAGCCAAUGCAAUUAGACAAAGUGGUGCCACUGCAUCAGCCUAACCUCUGAAUUAGGGGUGUCUUCUAAAAAGUGCUUGACACUGAAGUUUCUUAUUAUAUAAGAAGGCUGCUGCCUUCUUUGCUUUCAUCAGCUAAAGCCAAGACCAAGCUUCUUGAAUAUUUGGUCACCCAAAGCACCUAAUGAUUUGCUUCCAAUUGCACAUGUGCAAACAACUGACGCAAGCAGCUACCUCUGAGUCACCCAUCUAUAAGUUUGAGGGAUUUGACCUAUCAUUUUACAAUUAUCUCUCCAUAUCUACUGUACAAUCAAUGAAACCUGUGACACUGCUCCUGAGUGACAAUGACAUCCCAUAUUGCUGGGGACUGGGCCGCAGGCUUUCAGUGCUGCAUGACGGAAAUUGAAUACACACCUCCCAUGUGUCCAUUUCUGAGAAAUUUCUCACAUCGGUGGGCCUGUCCUUACCAGUAUACAUCACCUCCAGCAAGUCCUGGAAUUUAAGCUUGAGCCGGUCUCCUGGACAGCUGAACUUGGCCUUCUCGAAUACUUGAGAAUUUUAUAGCGGCAUGGUCAUUUUCCCAUGCUCUGGUAAUAAGCUUCACCAUCAAAUUUGUAUGUUAUAGAUUCAUGUCAAUGAUCUGCCUCUAGUCUACUAUACAAAAUAUGACCACAAGAGAGGCAAAAUACUGUAACCCACAUAGUUAUGCAUGCCACUGUUUUGUAAUAUGUUGUUUCGUACAUCCAUUUUAUUUUACAUUUAUUUUUUCCGCUAAAUUAACUCUAUAAUUUUGUUUACUUUUCCAGGAGAAUUUACACCAGAAAUGCAAAUGCGCAUUCGACAAGAAAUUGAAAAAGAAAAGAAAACAGAAGUUUGGAAAGAAAGAUUCUUUGAGAGAUUUUAUGGAGAAAAGUAAGUAAUAAAGUUAAAAAACAAAAAGGGAAAAAGAAUGAACAUUGAACAAGUAUUUUUGUUCUACAUUUGUUUUGUUCUUUGAUUAUAUGGAAUUUUUUUUCAGUUUACAUUUUCAGUGUGGGUUUAAUGCUGUUGCAGUAAAAUAAUUUGAUAUAAUAAGAAACACGUCAAAGUAACAGUGAGGCUCAUCUGCCUUAUGCUGGCAUAUGUGUUUGGACAUUAAAUAUUCAAAUUACACGUGUUUGCAGUAUCAGUAGAGAACUGAUGUAUUAUGGAACAUACAGGUACUUUUUUUUUUCCCCAUGGGAAUUUGGAACUGAGUUUAAAAAAGCAAAAUAUUCAAUUUGUUACUACAGUUUUAUAAUAAGUACCUGUUGUGAAGUAGAGAUUAUUUACUACUGCUCAUUUGCUUUGUUUGUUUUUAUGAUCAGAUCUGGAAUGUCAAGAGAAGAAUCUCUCCAGUUAACAUCAGUUCAAAAUAGCAGUGAAGAUGAGAGUAGUUCUUUAGAAACAUCUCAGAGCUUGCCUGGCCCAUCAGCACAAUUUGACAGCAGCACACAGUCCACCAAUGAAACACCACAGGUACUGGAAAAGGACUUAAUUGAAGAACCCUACUGUAACAUGGAACAAGUUCCUUCUAAGGACCUUGUAGGGGAAACCAUACUUGAAGAAUUAUUAAUAACAGAAGAAGCUGUAAUCCAGGAGGAGAUUGCGGAGGAGGUAGAGACCACCAUUUGUGAAUGUGAGGAAGAUAAUCAGAAGACCGAGAUUGAAUUAUCCGAGGAGCAUGAAAAUCAAACAACUAAGAAUGUGGAAAAAGAAGUCAUAGUUGAAAAUGUGGACUCAUGUGUAGUGAUGGAAGAUGAAAUGUUAUCUCCGUUGGAUGUUAAAGAAGAAGAUGAAAGAUCGGAUGGCCUUGAAGGUGACAUGUUAGAAGAAGUUAGUCAGCCGAAUGAAUGCAUAUCCCCAAUUUCUUCUGUUUCUCCUCACAGUUCAACAAGUGAGACAGUUGAAAAGGAAGAGCCUCCUCCAGAGGAUAUACGUGCCUUGGAGGAGAUUGGGAACUCCUCCACUUCUGUGGAUUCAGUUUGUGCGGGAGAGGCUAGUGCUGUAGAGAUGGAGUUCAAUAGUGAACCAGAUGAACAGUUUUCCGAAACUGCGUGCAUUUCUGAAGCAUCAUUUUCAGCAGAGAGUCCGGAGGGGGUGUGCAUUAGCAGUGCAUCUCCAGGAGGAGAUACUCAGUCUGCUUCAGAGGAGCCCUAUACCCCUGCAUCAGUUGAAGCUGCUUUUCUUUCUGAAGUUUCCAGCUUUGAAAAUACUGAGCAAAAACCCUUAGAUGAAAGUCCUUCUACAUCUGUUGCCUCAGAUGUUUCUCUAAUAUCCACUUCACCUGUGAGGUCAGAAGCAUCUCCAUCUUCUAAUCAUCCUUUGAUAUCAGAGGCAUCUCCUUCAUCUAAUUUGCCGUUAACUUCUGAAGCCUCUCCUAUGUCAGAUGCACCUUUAACAUCAGAAACAUCUUCUAUGUCUCCUGCAGCUCUGGCCCCUGAAACUGGACUUGCAACAAACAUACCUCCAACUUCAGAAGCAUCUUCUAUAUAUAGCCCUCCUACAAAUGAUCAUCUCAUGCUUCAAGAAGGAACCUCCCCAACUUCUUCUGAUGAAUCACAGUCACCAUCUAAGGAUGAAACAGAUGGCUUCUCAGAGGCAUCCCAAGUGGACACAUGUGCUAUUGACCAAGAAAGUGCUGAAGAUAUAAAAUAUCACCAUACAAUAUCCCUUAAUUCUGAAACCUCAAUUUCAGGAGAUGUCUCAAGUAAUAAAUCUGAAGUAGACAAUGAAAAAGUAUAUGAAACCACAGCAUCAGAAUUAUCGCCACCUGAACCUAUAACAAUAAAAAAUAAUUCACCUCAUUAUUGUAUUGUUGAUAAAAAAUAUUUGUCUCCAUCACAUGAAGAACCUGAAGAAUUAUUUCCUAAAAAAAAUGAACCACAUCAAAUCAAGUCUCAUGAUAAACUGUAUGCGAAUACAUUAGAGACAGCAGGGUUUUAUGAAUCCUCCAGAAGUAAAACCCAUAAACAGCAAGGGAGCUCACAAAAUAGGACAGAAAAUUCUCAUCCAAAGUCAUAUGAGUUUAGUAAACAAACUGAGACAAUAAGAACUGAAAGUCGUGAGCCUGAAAUUUCUAAGAGAAAAACUGCUGAGCAGCAUAAUUAUGGAAUUUUUAAGGAGAAACGCCCAAGAAUAGAUGAUCAUUCUUUUAGAGGUUCUUCUGAGAGAGAUCAUCCACCUAGGGAGGAACCUAGAGUCCCACCUCUCAAGGUAAAGUGAAAUGCGGAGUAUUAUUUAAGUUUCUUUUACUAGAAGAAAAGGGUGUUUCAGCUGUUUGAAAUUGCACUCUAUGGCAGGGCCUGACUGAAGUUUUAAUUAUUUUUAACGGUGCUGAGGGAGGGAGGGGAGGUGGGGGGGGGGGCAAGCCGCCUAAAUGGUGAGUUUAACACUAGAGGGUCAGGAAUACAUGUUUUUAUUCCUGACCCUAUAGUGUUCCUUUAAGUAGUUUUAAAGAGAACAUCAUAUAUGCAGUGAAAAACAAUGUAUACAUACAAAACUGUUAAUAUUUCCUCAAACCCAAAUUAAAAAAAAAUAUUAAUAAAUCUGAGUUCCCCAAGUUAUAAGUUACAAUUAAUUAUAUUUAUUUAUUAAACACAGGUUUUUGCUACCCUUCCAAUAAACUUUAAAGUGUUAGCUCAACUGUUAGUGUCAAAACAAGCCUUAAGUCCUUCUUUCAGAAUUCACCUUACUACUUUCAGCUAAAUAUACAAAUCUCUAAUAAGACAGAAUUUUUCUCUAUGGGGUGAUCAAACAAUCUCCUCUGCACAGCCCCCACAAGGACCUUGCUGUAGAACUACGGCUUUCCUUUUCUCAACUCAUAGCAACCAGAGGUGAACAGAAUAAUCCGGCUGAGGUGUAUCUUUUUAUGAUCUGGGGAUGUAAGUGAGUCCUAAAUUCUGGGCAAAUCUCCAAGUCCUGCUCUUUAGCAAUAUGUAGUACACGUCAAAGUACUAAAGUGUUUGCAGCUAAAGGACUUGUUUUCUACCAUCUGAAUACAACUUGUUUAUAAGACAAUGUGUUCCACAGAUCUCUCCUGGUACAUCGAAUGUUCUCCAAUCAGAUGGGGAAAAUAUAUAUUUUUAUUAUUUAAUUGUCUUGAAACAUACAAAUGUUUUUGUAGCACCUGAACUGGGCAUUUAUGGUGCAUAAUUACGUGUCUCGUUUGCAGGAGUUAAAUAACAUUUUUAAUUUUUUUUUAAACUUGUUGAAGUGUGGUAAAACGUAGUGUUUUCAAGUUGAGAUUCCUUGUUUUUUUCUUUCACCUUCAUCUUGUAUAUGAACUGUACCCAAAUUGGCACAGAUUGUAAAAAAAGAGUUGCAUUUCUAAUAUUUAUAGUUUUGAUAAUUCAUUGGAAGUUUGUUGAUCCAGUUUACAUGAUUUCAGAUUUAUUUAAAUAUAAAGGGGCAUGUCAUAAUUGUAUACAUGGUUUCCUAUGCUAAUGACUUGCUUUAUUUGACUUUUCCUAGAUCCAACUCUCCAAAAUUGGGCCACCUUUUAUCAUCAAAAGUCAACCGGCCCCCAAACUUGAAUCCAAAGUCUCCUCCAGCACAUCUGUCAGUGGAGGGAGGAACACUGGAGCUAGAACCCUUGCUGAUAUCAAGGCAAGAGCGCAACAGGCACGGGCCCAAAGAGAGGCAGCCGCUGCAGCUGCAGUGGCAGCUGCUGCAAGCAUAGUUUCAGGAGGUGUUGGAAGCCCUUGUGAAGGCAGUAAGACGAGAACAUUGGCACAUAUCAAGGAGCAAACAAAGGCUAAACUUUUUGCUAAACAUCAGGCAAGAGUAAAUACACAACAAACUAAGGAUGGGAAAAUAAAAGAGACAUUGGAUUUGCCAGCUUCAUCUGAUGCAAAAGUUGAAGGUUCCACUGGAGUUAUCAUUAUUAAUCCAAACUGCAAAUCUCCGAGUAGUAAGUCUACUCUGCAUCGGGAAUCUACACUACAGAAAUCGCUAAGCAACGCAACAUCAUCAGAAACUGACUCUGAUGUAUCAGUGCACAACUCUAAUGAAAAUAUUCAUGUGCCACAUUCCAGUGACAAAUCUGUUUCAUCUACCUCCUCUGAAGAUUGCAGUGUGCCAGUGCAUUUUUAUAAAAAUGUUGGCCCAAUGCCAAUCUGCAGCUCUGCUGAGCCUCCUUUUACAAAUUCACUUGAACAAUCUUCGGUUCUGAUGUCUGUUGACAGUGAAAAUACUACACGGUCUGUUUGUACCGUUAAUGUGCUAAAGGAGACUGACAUCCCUUGCAUAGCUCUUGCACCAAAAUGCACUGAUGACACUAGCAGUCACACCUCAGUAGUUAAUUCAGUUGUGUGUAACUCAGCAGAUGAAAAGAGAGUGCCAGUAUCAGUCAGUAAUGUUAAUCCCAUUAUUAAUCCUUACACCGCUGUGCCAAUUUCAUCCAUUGGGAGUAGUUUGCCAAAUUCCCAUCUUAGUAGUAAUUUGUUAAAAUCCCUCAACUCCUCAGUGGGAACAAGCAACAGGCAUCCUGAUAAAUUAGUGGUACCUGAUUAUGAAGAAGGAGAUCAUGUAUCAAUUUGCACUCCUGCCAGAAGAAUGUCAAACCAUGAAGACACUAUGGUGGAUUCUCUUGGGAGGUCACCUGUUCCAUUAUUUUCUAACAAGAGAAGUUCAAGUUCUGAUUCCAGCCAUGCCAAAGUACAUGCAGAUAAUCUAGAAAAAAGCCCAUGUAGUAAUUUAUCAGAUAUGCACAGUAAACCCGCUGGUUUAACACAAACAUUGUCUAACAGAUCUAUUCCAUGCAAGGUUAUUGUAGAUCACUGUACAACUCCAAAUUCAGCUUUCCCAUUUAGUACAGAAAAUGGAGAUAACAGUUUGGAGCCUCAAAAUUGGCAUGGUAAGGCAGAUCUUUCAAUGCAGAAUAAGACGUGUCCACAAGUCUCUGUCAUCAGCAGACAGGAAAACAUUCUUAGUGAAAGCACUGAGCACAUUCCCAACUCAAACAUUGCUGCAAGGCUAACAAGAGAAGAAAGAAACAAGCCCUUAACCUGCACUAGCCUUUCAGAAUUCCCUUUUACUCAGAAAGAUAAAUUCAAUGAAUUAGCUGGUUGCCAGCAAAACUUCAAUGAACAGCUUCGGUGCCCCUCUUCUCUAAAGUGUGGUUCAGAUAACAUCUCUAAUGCAGAGUAUAUACCUAACAGAAUAUGCUGGACUGAAAAAGAAUAUGUAGACAGUGACAAAACAGUUGUCAACCACUUAACUACAAACAAGCACAUGGAAUUCUCUGACGAAAGCUUGGUAAACCAUGUCAAAAGUGAGCCUGGCAAUUAUCCACAUAUGUCAAAACUUACUAAUCGCAGCACUGUUACAAAUAUUCAGAUCCCUCUGAAAUCUGAAGUGAGUGAACCUGGCAAGUGCUUUGGAAUUGAUGGGGUAGAUCUUUCGGCUCCUAGUAUGACUUCCAAAGUUAAUGACCUGGACCCUAGUGUGCACUCCGCAAAGACAAUUGUUCCUAAUGUUUCUAGAGAGGAGCCAUUGUCCUUGUCUUCAGAAAACCUGAAAAGGGUUACAAACACUGGGAAUCCAAGCUGCCGCCUUUCUUCUGUUGAGGCAAAUAAUCCACUGGUUACUCAGUUGCUGCAGGGUAACCUGCCUUUAGAAAAAGUUUUACCGCAGCCCAGACUCGGAGCUAAGCUAGAAAUCAACAGACUUCCCAUGCAGGCUACCUCAGUGUAUAAAAGUGGGUCAGAGAGGAUUAUUUCUGAAAACAACUCCUGUUCCCCUACUCCUGAAGGUAAGAAUUACCCUCUGGGGAACAUAAAUCCUUUGCAAAUGAGGAAACGAGAUAACCAUCCUAAAAAAAGGAUGGCUAGGACUGUAGGGGAACAUACUCAGAUUAAGUGCGAGCCAGGGAAGCUCUCAAUGGACAAUGAUGCAAACCUGUCCUCUUGUAUGAUGGGUUCUAACAUGAACCUACUGGGACAAGCACAGGCGUUUAAACAGGAGUGGAUGAACAAACACCCUGUACAGGUGAGGAUUGCUCACAGCCCUGAGAUCAAACAACAAAAGAGACCACUUCCUUCUUGUAGCUUCCAGCAAAACCUAUUUACUGUUGAUAAAAAUGGCAGCUAUCAUCCAGACGCUAGUACUUCACAUAGGCAGCAGCAUUUUUACCAAAUGCCUAUGGCACAGAGAGGCCCCAGUUCUUCAGUGUAUGUGCCCCAAGGUCCUGUAAAGCCCCACCCCAAUAACCAUGCUUUUGCUUUUGGAAGGCAACCAGAACAGAAGGUUUUGGGAGAAACACAUUUAUCAUCCCUUCCGUCCAGAAUGGGGAAUGUGUGUUCACCAAACGUUCACAUUAAAGAAGGAGAGGAACUGAGCAAUGCUCCACAGACUCUGCAACAUAAAUUUUUACUGCAUCCUCCCUUAUCUAAUUCCGAAGUCUCUUCUGAUCAAAAGCAACCAGCAGUUACCAUGGAAACCACUAAAAGACUUGGUUGGCCUCAGCCUGCAAGCAUCUGUAGCAAUAUAAAGUCAGAGCCCAUCUCUUUUGAGGACAGUUUAAACAACAGCUGUGAACUGACCAUAAAACAAGCUUCCUAUGAGCAGAAUGAAGUCAAAGAACAGUUGAAAGCAUUAGCCUUGAAAAAUGCAGAUUUUUCUUCCUAUUUACUUUCUGAGCCACAAAAGCCUUUUACUCAGUUAGCUGUGCAGAAAUUACAAACACAGCAGCUGCAGCAGCAGCAGCAGCAAUGUGGGAGUUAUCCAGCAAUUCAGUUUGGUAGCACAAGCUUCAAAAGGGCAGCGUCUGCCAUUGAAAAAUCUAUUGGAAUUUUAGGGAGCAACUCAAAGCCUGUUUCUGGGCUGGGCAGCCAGAACUCGGCAAUGCCUGCGCAGACAUUUGCUGACAGCAGCAGUGCAGACGAACUGGAACUGAAAUGCUCUUGCAGGCUGAAAGCCAUGAUAGUGUGCAAAGGCUGUGGGGCCUUUUGUCACGAUGACUGCAUAGGCCCUUCAAAAUUGUGUGUAGCUUGUCUAGUGGUUCGAUAGAAACUGAGUGGAGGAUGAUCGAUGGAAAGCAUACCAUACACUUUACAGCCUAAACAGCUUCUCUAAGAGCAGUAAUAUUAUUUUUUCACUUUUUUUUGUUUUGUUUGUCACAAAAGAACGUUUUUUUCAGUGUUAAAUAAUUUUUAUUCCUAUGACAUUUUUCUAGAGGAGAAAAAUAUUUCAAUGAGAAAUAAUCCUCAAUAUCUUGUCACUCUACUAACUUAUUCAAACCUCAAUUGUGUAUCUGCGUUUACUCAGUUUUUGAGUUAGGAAGACCCUACAUGUACAUUUUCUUUAUGUUGUUUGCAGGUGGAGCUCUACGAAAGGCCUUGUGCCAUACCAUAUUUAAAUGUAUGCCUCUGUGAACCCAUCCUAUUUCUGUAAGUUGGCGUGUGAUCUUCUUAUUUAACAUGUCCCCCUCUACUUGUCUUUUUAUGUGCUUUGUUGUUUUUAUUUUAUUUUUCUCCUGUAUUUUUAACCCCAAUGAUGAAUAAUGAUUAGCCAGCUGCUGAAAUAGCCUUGCUUUGUGAGUGUUGUCACUUCCAGAUAAGACAAUAUAGGGUGGGAUUGUAAUUAAGCCAGCUUUUCAUUCUGCCUAACAGUGAGAGUUUGUUUUGUGCUUGCAGUGGCUUAGCAAACCUUACUGCUAAACUGUUCGCACUAUCAACAGAGAAUAAGCAAAUAGACCGUUUCAUAUUCGUCUCUCUGCAUAUGCAUUACUUUAAAUCUAAAAGUGUCUUUCAGUCGCUUAGCAAUGGUUUGGAAAAUUAGAUCAAUGAGUCUUAUGACAGAGACAAGGGGGAUUUUUAUUUUUUCCUACUGAUUUUGCUUUAGCUUCCUAUACAGACAUUUUAAUUUUAUUUCCUACUGCAGGAAGACUAGCAAAUGAAAAGCAGUCUUCAGGCCAGUAAUGUACCUUUUAAUCACCUAGCAGAAUAGUAACUGAUUUACUAUUCAAGCAUUCUUGCAGAUCACACCGUGUCAUAUCAUGCCAGUGUCUUAAAAGGUGUGCUUGUCAAAUUAGCUUCUCAUUAUUAUUUGCCCAGCCAAGUACAUGCAUUAUAUACUUGUCAUUCAUUAUGCAUUGUAAAAUGCUUACAUAUAU